AUGAGCGGACCGCUGGUUUUCCAGAUGUGGAUGGUUUUAUUGUUGGGGACAGUUCCCGGGCUCGUGAGGGCUCAGGUCUCCACGGCCAAAGUGAUGAGGGGUAACAUCAGGAGAGACGGUGAGACUGUGGCUUUGUUAUUUCACUCUUGUUGCUGUGCUGAGGGUGCUUACUGCUGAAUCUGUCUGCUGGAUGUGUUGAAAAGUUUGAAAGAAUGUUUCUUGUUCACAUUUCUUAACUUUUCCUGAAAGUGUGUUAAAGGUGGCUUUAUGGUGUGAAUUAAAGCUGUGAGGUUUUAUGCUGUUAAGUUGUGAUGAAGCAAUUGCAUAUUGUCCCAUAUGCAUUAUUAGAUCAUGUAUUUUCUCCCCUUGAUUCGGCAUACUAUAUGGAAGUAAAACUGUGCCAUCUGAUUUUAAAUUUGAAUGUCUAAAGCUGAAUUUUUUUGCAUCAAGAUCAGACUUUGAAUUUGGAAACUAUUGAAUUUCAAGCAUGCAUUUUUAUUUCUGACACUCAUUUUUCCACAAUGAUGAAAUAAAUUCAGUGUAAAAAAAAUUUAACAUAAAAAAAUUGUCCAAAAAUUUAGUGUAAAACACACUGACUCAACUAUAGACAUUAUACAUUAUAUAUCAGGAUUACAUUUCACAAAUAGGAUUGAAAAAUAUUUUUGAUUAUUUUUAAUGUGUGACAUUUUCCUGUAUUAUGGCUACAUCCCUGCCAUUGUAAAAAACCAAACUGUGAAAAUCGGGCAGAGAUUUGUUAUUAUUAAUAUGGUUGGGCAUUCCUACCUACCUUCAUGCACUGGAGGCGCAUGGGGGACCCAUCCAAGAUGGCAGCCACGCUCCAAUAGGCAACAUUGGGCUUUGAGGAGUCUACGUAUAUUAUGUCUAUGGACUCAAAAUCCAGGUAACCAGGGAGAAGCAAUCGAUUCCUGGCUCAAUCAUCCAUCAUUCAGCCAAUCAAGUGGAAGAUGGAAGAUUGAGGAAUUGAUUACUUCUCCCCGAUUACCCAGAUGUUGAUUAGGUCUGUUUUACACAAAUGUUUUUGACACUGAAAUUUGUUUCAGUUGAAUUUUUUUUACAUAUAGUUUAUUAUUAAGUAGAAUUUUUACUACACAAAUAUUUUGAGAUUUUUUUUCCACUGAAUAUAUUUUAUCAUUAUAAAAAAAAUACGUGUAAGAAAUAAAAAUGCAUGUUUGAAAUUCUGUCUGAUUUUGAUGCAAAAAAAAUCUGCUUUAGAAAUUCAAAGUCAAAUGGCACAGAUUUACUUCCAUAAUACUCAUUUCAUAUUAUCACUGACAUAUCUGCUAGUAAUAAUUGAAUACAACUGACCCAAAAUGAAACACUACAAGUGUGAGAGAUGGGUAGUAUGGCUGGUUGAAGUGAAAGCAUGUUGCAGAGAAAGCAGUAGAAAAGUACAGAUGCUUGGUGAAUGGAGGAGAAAAGGUUAGUGGGUAAAAGAAGCUGUUUAGAGAGUCUGUGGAAUGACCAUGCUGCUCCACUUUCACAGCUUUUGAAAACCAAGUUAGUCUCAGACAAACUGUGGUUCCGUCUCAGCAGCGUGUCUCAUUCACUCAACCUGAGGUCUUCAGACUCAAGCGUCUUGCUUGUCUCACUUCCUGCAGGUGCGCCAUGCUUACAUUUCGUUUGGCCCUGGAGCUACAGUAAGUACUCCAGUGCUGGAGUACUUAUACACACACACACACACAUGCACACACUCAUAUAUUGCACAUGGAGGCAUUCACUCAGCUGCAUGUUUGCAUUUGCCUGGGAAAUAGUCAAAUACCAUUGUAUUAGGUUCUAACCUGGAUAACUGCCCCUCAGGCCUGUUUCAACUCUCACCCUAAUGUGGUUCUUAAACUAAAAAAUAACAGAGUGAGAGGUCAUGACACUCGAGUAUAUCCCAACAUUUUGGCAGCAUUUGCUUCUCAAUCAAAUAUCCCUGAGCAUCUCAAGUUCAUGCUCAAGACAAGUCAUUUUAGAAACCAAACACGCCAUGCAUGUAGAGUGCAUCUAAACACACUUGAAUAAGUAAAUAUCAGGAUUUUUGCUGCUUUAGCCUGAGUGUGAGGCAUCUACAGAUGUUGGCUUCAGGGUUACAACCUGUCAGGAGCAAAGCAGUUGCAGGGUCUUGUUCAAUCAGAGUGAGAGCCUAUAAAAGAAAUGUAAGAUGUCAUAAAAGUAGACAUAUAGUAGAUAGAAGAAGAGAUUGAUUGGCAAAGUAAUAAAACAAAAGUUUAUUCUGAAGGAGUAUGAUAGAUGUACCAGCUCUAGUUGAUGCAGGUUGGCAUAAAAAGCCUUUGUUCUCUUGCUGAAUAGAGGGAGGAAAAUGUAUUAAGCAGGACUGAUCAGAUGCAUGAAGUUUUUUUUUUUUUUGCUAACAUGCUUUUACAAAUACUUUAAAAAGGGAGUUUUCAUGACAUGUUCCAACAGAUUUUGUCAGAUCUGCCCUUUUUUUGUUUUGCAGCUAAACUCCUCUGAAGUUGAUACAAGCACAUCAUUCUUUUUUAUUACCGUUCACUCUUAACAUUAUCUUUAUCGACUUUCACGCUUUAUUUCAAAUGAAUGUUUUCAAACUACCCCUCCUUGAACCAUUUACAAUAUUACAUUAUUUUUAAAUUGUUAAACGAUUACAUAUGAUAGAAAUCAACGCAUUUAUCUCCAUCAAGGAGACAGUUCACCACUGUGUCGGAGCGUUUUUAAGAAGCUGCCGCUGCCCUUUAGCAAGUCUUUUUAACAUAAACACAUACUUGUGGUUGACUGAUGUGGUUAAACUUGAAUCAAAAGAAAUAAACAGUGUCUCUUUUGUACAUAUCCCUGGGAUGUCUACACUUGCCAUCUGUCAAAUUAAUCCAAAAUACGGGAACACCCGUUGAAGUUGUUUGGAAAUUAUUAGAUCUGAGAAAAUGCCCUCAGAACUUGGCUGGAGCACAUGCUUUUUUUUGUUUGAGUAUGAACCUCUGUUUUUCUUUUUUUUUUUUUUGUUGGAGUGUUGCACAGUUUCAGACAAUUAAAUCAUUCUGUCAGUGGUGGAGCUUUUGAGGAUGACAUAACUUUUUGAACACUGUCACAUGGGAGAGGAGCCGUCACUGCAGAUCCUGCUGGCAGGGCCGCUGAGCCAUCUUUACUCUCUGUUAAUAUCAAAUCAGAUCACCGUUAUCAAAGUGAACUCUUUGAUAUCUUGAUGAUCUUUUGUUGCACAAAGGCGACUGCGAUAGCUGCUGCUGAGACAGACAGGUUGUUAGAUGCUGCACAUGCUUUCAGAGGCUUUUAGAUUCACAGCAUGUUGAAUUAUGUGAGCGCUUAGUUCGGUGAUUAAAUUCACUGUUGCUCAUUUACUGUGUCCCGGUGUGAAACAGGACUAGGAGCUGGGUAACUUUGAUUCCUCCUAUUGUGAUUGUGAAAGUGCCCAAGUAUGCACUUUAUAUGAAUGUGUGUGUGUGUGUGUGUGUGUAUACGUGUUCUGUCAUAAUGUCAGAAAGUCUGAGCUCAUUUCAAGGAAUUCCCCCCAAGGUUUUCUUUUCCACCCUGUUGGUUCAGGGGUUCACUUGUUUUUUUUCUCUCUGCCAUUGAAGAGUAUCAGCAUGUGUGCAUUAAAAGUGUCGUGUUGUGUGUGUGUGUCAAGAUCAGGAGACAAGGAGUAUUCCUAGAAAAAGGAAACACACAAACACACAUGUAAACACGCACAACAAAGUAAACACUCUUUGGCCUCUUGCCCUGAACAGCUUCUCAUCUCUGCUGAAGAGACCCAGACAGAAUAAAAUGCAUGUCACAUAUUGAGUGUGUGUGUGUGUGUUUGUGUGAGUGUGAGUGUGUAUACUAGUGUGUGUAGAGGGACGAAGAUAGAAACAAACAUAAAGUUGUCAGACACUGGUGCCUCCAGAUAAAAGUCACAAUAUCGGGGUAAACCACCAUCAUACCUAUUCGUGAAAGAGUGUAAAUCGUCCAUCUUCAAACUGUUGUCGUUACAAGUGUUUUCUCUAACAGUUAGUGUCACCUGCUCUUAGUUUUUUCUUUUUUUUUAGUUGUAAAGGGUUAUUAUCCUGUGACUCUGAGGCAUCAUAAAGUAAAAGAAAGCAAACACAGAAAAUAACCAUCUUUCUAUGUAAAGACCUCCAUUGUGUUCAGAAAAAUACAUUUUCAAUGCAGCUGUCUGUUUUCGCCUUUUACCAUCUGUUUUCAACAUCUUGCUAACAAUCAGUAUGCGUGUUGAGCUCAGCAUAUGGCGAUGUUGAAAGUUGUCAGGUAUGAAACCGACUGCCUGUGAUCAGUUUGCCUGAAGUUGAGCCAACCUUUGGCGUUUGCUUUUGGCUGUCAUCAAAAAGCAAAAACUAUGGAUUUCAGUGUAUUUAUCGGAUGUAAAAGAACUCCACUUCUGAGUAAAAUACCAUAAUACAACAAAAGAGUUCUCACUGCUUUAACACUGGUUUGUUGGUCAUACAUGUAGGACUUAGUCAAUAAAACAACGUGAAAAGAGAAGGUUACACUCCACCGUUUCAAAUAAUACAAGCACUCAGUGAGUAAGACGCAGCCACCCGGACUGUGGUUGUUGAGUUUAAAUCUUAGGGUUGUGUGGCUUAGACAUAAACCACCCAUGUCUGUAUUAGACUUAGAUCCAGAUAUUCACAACAACAGGUUCUUCCAUGUUAAAAAUAAUCAAAUUAGAUUAAAUUUCAUCCAUUUCUAUACAAAUUUCUAAAUUUUUUUCAUAGACAACAACAUGUUUCUGAGAGUAUUAGCGUCACUUUUGUCGAAAACCUGUGAACUGAAUCAAACAUCUAUGGCCGGGGGAAGUGUUACACUACUUUUCAAGUGCACAGGAAUGUGUAGCUCCCUCCCAGAGAUUUCAGUUCACUGUUAUCUUAUUUCCCCUUCUUGACCUCAAGAUUAGUUGGAGUUAUGUAAUAGUUCUCACACAGACUCACACAUGCGCUAUUUUCAACAAAAAGUGUGACAACAUUAAGAUGUUCCUGUAAAAGCAUACUUUCAGUCAAGGAUUACAUCUUCCAACAAAUAAAACCUCAAAAACUGGAUAUACUACUUGAAUUGUGUCGCGAUCUUGGGCGUUUUUAAACAGAGAAUAACUUCUAUUCAGAGAAAUAGAAUACAUUAUCUUCUAUAAAGGCUGCUGGCGCAUCUUCCUGGUUCCUCCUCUUCUUUAUUCCAAUAGUUCCUCUCUUAUCUUUGGCCCUCCUCUCUCAGUGCUGUCUUAUCAGUCGCUGCCUUGCCACAUAUCAGUCCAUCUCUCUAGAUCCUCCUCUUUCAAUCUCUCCCUUUCUCAUUUCUGCCUUUAUCUCACCCCAUCUGUUCAUCUCCUUUUAAUCAAAAGCCUCUUCAACCUGUCGGGGCCCUGUGAGCAAACAUAGUGUCGCAAACAGUGUCACAGACAUGCAAGCUAGCACCCGUGCAUAAAACAAAGCUACAUGAGCAGAGAUAAUGCAUUUUACAGUCGACUUAUGUUAAGCUAACAUUUCAAACCCUUCGAAGAUCCCCCAUGCUCAGGAGAUCCAGGCGUGAAGGAACAGGAAUUAAUGGAAAAGGUAUUCACCAAUGCACACAUUCCACAUGCAGACAAAACAUGUGCUCCUGUACUCUAAAGGUUCGGAGAUAGCAGAGAGAGUGAUGUCACGCUACUUGGGUUUGUCUGGGAUCUCAAGGUGACACAUUUUCACAUACACACACACAUAGAUUACAGAGUCACUCAAUCAAAACUGCAAAAAGGAUAAAGAAAAUCUACACUGUGCAGCUUGAAGCGUUAAAAAGACAUUUUCCACAAAGCUAACGUAAAGGUUCUUUGUAAAGCAGAAUUAUCCUCAGCAGUCACAUGCAGUAUAGGCAAAUAGUAGAUGCCUAGAAAAGGAGUCUGGGAGAUCUGUUUUCACCAGCAUUUCAAACUUGUGUCCACUAUAGCCAAAUAUGAGUUUUAGUCUCAGUUUGGUCCUCCGACAGUUAGAGGAUAAUGAUGGGAGAGUAUCCUGAAGAGCCACAGGGACCCAACCAUCACAGACAGGUUAAAGUGGAGCAACAUCCUGUCCUGCAAUCCCAGGCAAUGACAGCAGAGCUUGUGAGUGCACAUUUCAGAUGUAAACUUACUCUAUGUAAAAACAAUUAUGACGUCCUACUUAGGAAAAAGUAAGAUUCUCUGCCUCCCUUUUCUUCAUCUCCAUUUUCAUUCUCAUUCAGCAGUUGGUGCUUUUCAAUACAAGGCAUGAUAUCAAACUAAUUUAAUUAAUCAGCUAUAGAAAAUGUGAAAAUGAGAAUUCCAACAGGGUGCCCUAAUGAACCCCGUGUUCACUACACAUUGUCCAAAUCACACACACCAAAAACAUUUUUAGUGUAAAAAAAAAACAUCAAUAUGUUGAAUAUUUUCACUCCUGAGAUGCAGAAAAAUAGAUUUGCUCUUAACAUUUGCAGAAGUCCACCACCUUGGGUAAUCCCUGCUUUACAUCACGACUGAAAACAGGUUGCAAAUGGUAUCCAAAUGUUUUUGUGUCACUAUAUUAAACAGCAGGAUGACAGCAGGGAGGGGUAUCACUGGAAUUUAUGAGUCACAAUGAGGACACUCGGCAAGAAACUACUCCCAACCCACCCACCUCACCAGACACACUCAAACACAAUUACAGGAUCUCCCUUUCAAGGGUAUCCCCUAAUAGAGUCUUGACAUUGCUAGCAAACACACACACUUUUUGUGCAAAAGUUGUAUGUGCCAAAGUUACCCCACCCCUAAACAUUUGGCAGACAGUCCUUUCCUGCUUUGCACACACAAAGUAAGGGUGGCGACCACUUGGACAGUCCGGUAGGAGAGGAGUGUGUGCAACAAGAGUGUCGCAAAGAGUGAGAUUAUGUCUUGGAAAUUGAGUGGGGAUAGAUGUGGGGUGAAAAUGUGGUUGCGCUUGGGUUUUAGGAGGAGAGGGCAGCCGGGGGAGAGUGAAAGUUUAGAAGUGAGCUUAGAGGAGUUGGAGGGCACAGAGGAGAGGUAGGGGGAAAAGGUGUGUUCAGGGAGAUAUGCCAAGUUAAAAGACCUGUCCCUCCACUUUUCUGCCCUGUCAGCUUGGAAAGAGAGAUAGUACAACCAACAGCAAGCAAAUGGAGAGAGUAUAAAAGAGGAGAUGGAGGAGAGCGAGACUGAUAGAGGAGAGGAGGGGGAGUGAGAUAAGGAAAUUUUGGAUAGAGGGGAAAGGGGGUGGAGUAGAAAGCCAAGCAUCAGCAGAUUAUCUGAUCUAAGUUUCUGUUCAGAGACUAAGCAUAAAAAGAAGGCUCAAGCAGGAACUCUGUCAACAUCAAGUACCCACACCAAGGCUGCAGACCAAUCUGGCUUCCCAGACUGGAAGGGUCAUUCAUGCACAAUGAGUGAAGUGGAAACAUAAUUAUGCUUCCUCACCCUGUGACCUCAAUGUGAGAGUUUAACAAAACAAUGAAUUCCUGAAGACAAUCCAAAUAUACAGAAUAUCCUUACAAAAAAAACUGAUGAAUUCUCUCACAAUGAUGUUUUGUCUCUGGUUAGGUGCAAUCAGUGUUAUCGCCCAUUAAGAUAAGGCUAAUUGUUGUGAAAAAUGAUGGAUAGAUCUAACACAUGGACUGCCAAUACGGAUUAUGUGCUGAACAUUUAAUAAGAAGAACUUAAAGUCCCACUCUGAUUGUUUUUUUUAACUACUUAAAGUGCUCUCAGUAGUCUUUAAAUUGUGAUUAUGAAGUUUUUACAAAAAAUCACUUUACAUGUGUCAUUUUCAAGGGCUUCUCUUCUGCAGAGCUCCAGUAGAUUAUUAACAAUUCGCCUCUGAGUUGUGGGCCGAGACAGCGCUGCUCUUCACGUUAACUUGCAACCUAACACUGCCUGUGUAGUAGAAGUGGCAGGUAACAUCGGAGCUAUUCAGCUCUCAGACACUAAUGUCUUCAGGGGCAUGAUGAAAGUUAAUAUCAGAAUUAGCUUUCUUAUGAGCAUUGCAAUCCGCUAACACACACGCUUGUUCCGCGAUCGUCCUCUGUAUUUCUCCUCUAUAUGAAGAGCGUGGCCUGCAUAGCGGGGCUCCGGGGGCAGAGCUUGGAUUAGUUAUGUAUGAAGUCUCACUGUUUCUGAAUCUACCGUUUGGGUCUGCCAGAGAUUCACAGCAAUUUGAAUGGAGAAACACUCAGAAAAGCAAUGUCGCACUUACUUUUCUCAUGAUAUGUCCUGUAGCAUCAGAAAAAUACCAUAUAAACUUAUAGAAAAAAAGAAAAACAUGAUUUUCAUUGGAAUGGGUUUUGGACAAGAAUCAUAUUAUUUACACAAGUAUGUCCGCCUCUGCAGUAUCUGUAAAUAGAAAUUAACAUUUGAAUAAUACUGAUAGCACCUCCGGCCAAACUUCCUGGUAGGUUAUGGUGGCUAAUGCUAGCUCAUACUGACAAACAUGACUUAAACUUAUCGUUGGCACUUUUUCAUUUGGUAAUGAUGGUUUCAAAUAAAAAAAAUCAUGAUCACAGCCAGUUUUAGUGACACAUUUAAACAAUGUGACAAUUACCAUAUUUUUGGGUGAUAAGAUGCGCCAUAUUAUACAGCGCACUGUAAAUUAAUGUGUCCUUGUACGCACAUAAGGUGCACCGGAUUGCUGAGAAUAUCCAUUGAUUCAUUGCUUACCAAAGUCGUACUUACACAUUUCGACAUAUUUUUGAGUGGAUUGUACUACAUAAAAUUGGUCAUUAAGCACAACAAGUAAUCAUAGAUAAGGCCCGCUGGAUUCUAAGACGCACUGUCAACUUUUGAGAAAAUUUAAGGAUUUUAAGUGCGCCUUUUAAUCCAAAAAAUACGGUAAAUGUGCAACCCUUGUUGGUUGGCAACUGAAUUUCUAGCUACUUGAACAAAUGAUUAAAUAUAGAUUUUAAAUUCUAGGCUAAAAAACAAAACUAGUGAUAGAUUGUGUCUGAGCUGAAUAAAGGCAUCCUUUGUAGUUAUUGAGUCUGUUUACAUAACUGCCCUGCUCUGAGUCUCUCAGUCACUUGUUAUUGUGAACUUGUGAUUUUAUCAGACUUUUUAAUCCCCGCUGAUGUGCUCUGUCUUUUUCAGGCCAAAAUAACACAAUAUACAGGCCAAUAACGCUCUUAAAGAGCCCAGCUGGGGACACAGUGUACUGUAGAGGGGAAUUAGAGAGCAGAGCUGAAAGAAAAAGAAGAGGGGACUGAUGUUUCGUCCUUGUAGUCUGUCUUGUAGUUGAGCCAUCUGACUGCCAUGGUGGAUCCAGACAAGAGAGGAGCUGGAAAAUGAGAGGGUAAGAAAGGAGGAGGUGAAUGGUGCAAGGAAAGGGAGGCACGGUGAGAGAAAUGCAAGGAAUGAAAGAAAAUGAUUAGGCCAGUGGAUGAAAGAGAGGAGCAGAUGAAAUGAGAAACAUGAAGGGAAUAAAGAAUAAGUUUUAACGGGAGAUGGCAGAGAGAUAGGCAGAAACGGAGAAAGGGGAAUUAAUAAACAGAAGUGGAAAAAAAGUGGGAGAAUAAACAAUUGGAAAGUUAUAAUUGAAGGUGAGAUGAGGGGUUGAACAGGGUAACGCAAAGAGGAUGAAUUGGAGGAGGGGAGGGAGGGGAUGGGGUAAUCUGCCAAUAUGUGCGCCACCACAAAAAGAGCUGACAAGCAGGUUAAAGAAAGCGUAAGAGAGUGUGUGUAUGUGUGAGAGAGAGAGAGAGAGAGAGGGUGAGAGGGAGGGAGGGAGGAAAAACAUGAGGUAAGCUGAGCGAGGGAAAGUGAUGGAUAUGAGAAGAGACAGAAGAGAGGUGUGAAAGAGUGAUAGAGAGUGCAUGGCAUCACAACAGAGAGAAACAGGAGUGGGAGGGGGUUUGCUGAAUAAGCAGUGAAUGUGAAAAAGAAACAAGAGAUUAAGGGAUAAGAAAAGUAUUGAAGAAGAGAAAAAAGUUUGGACAGUGGGAGGGAGUCUGUGAACACACAAGGAGGCACCCUCAGUAGUGGGAGAAACACUGAUGAAUAAGAAUGAAGGAUAAUGAGGUUAGGAAAACAGGCAUUAGAGAUAUAGAUAUAAGUGUGUUUGUGUGUGUGUGUGUUUGAAUGUGCCAAGCUAUGUGCAUUAACAUCCUCGUACCUACAGCAGCGGUGUGUUUAAACAUGACAAAUACAGUUUGCUUUAUGCCCACUUAAAGAGUUUAAACAGGACAUUAAGCAAAGUAAUUAACUUUUGUAAAUGUAUUUAAAAUGUGUGAAAAGUAUUUAAAAACCAUUUGGCUAUGUAUAUUAAGGAGGGUCUCAGUUAAACAGCAUGGUUUUAUCACCAAUACAAACACCUUCUACAAAGUGUCAAAUAAACUGACACCUAAACUAUGGGGUCCAAUUAAAACCUACAGUCACUUUAACUGUCUGGGUAAAGUGUUCGGCCAUCACAAGAUUAUUGCUUUUAAACCACAUCAUACUUCAUAUUUACACAAAUAAUUCCACUGAGUGUACUGAGCAGUGCCUCUGUCACUGCAUCUGGUAUUAAUUACACAGAUAUCCCCAAAGGCGAAGUGUUGCGCUGAAACUGGCUCUCUGAAGGGACAAGGGAGGGAAUGAGUAUCUGCUGCAGCUAUUUCAGAGUCACUGAGAUCCAAGUCAGAAAGGCUUUUGAUCUCUAUAAAACAAACGACUCAUAUUAAAGGGACAGUUUCUAUUAAAGGGAUAGUUUUACUACACAAGCUUAGCUACAAGUCAGACAACUCGGCGUGUUUAGUGUCGACAACUGUGGGCCAGGAGGUGGCAAGCACACCUAGAUGCUGCUUCUCUGCUCUUUGCAAGUUGUACUGAAGGUUGAUACAGUCAGAACUCUGAAUAUGAUAACUGCCAUUAUUUGGCUUUUAAACUCUUCUAAAGAAACAUUGCAGAGACAAUAUUCAUGUGAUUUUUUGCUGUUUUUUGGUCAACCCCUUAAAGGGAUAUUCCAAUUCCAUGAAGUGAUCGUCAUAAAUGUUCUUCCUUGAACUGCGAAACUCUACUGCACUAGAUGAUCGACUUGUCAGGAUUCCCCCCACAAACAAGUGGCUGCUGGAGGAGAGUGGGAGAGUUGUGUUUAGUCUCUUUGCUAAAGAAACCAGACAAAGCUAAAAAGAUGUUUGGUGGCUUGCACCAUGGCUGGGACCCUAUACAGUAUGUACUGUUGAUGAAGUUGAUGAAGUUGAUGAAGGUGCUGUUCUGAGCAUUACUUGAGGCUAUAGAGUGGCUUUUCAGUUGAGGUGUGCAUGUGGAGAUGUAGACUGCUGUGUAUUGCUAUCAUGCAGUCAUUACUAAUAUUGGUAAGUUAGUACUAGAGAAGCAAGCAGUUGGCAACAUUCAUUUCUCGAGGGAUUGUCUAACUCGGUGUUAUGGUGUACUUGACCCUAACUUAACUUUACGCUAGAAUAUCCCUUUAAAGACUGCUGUAAACAUCACUAAAAAACACCCAUCCAGGCACACUACACUGUGCGUCUUCUUCCCAUGUCACAAGUUAACAAACCUGAUGCUGAAAUUGAAUGGUAAAUUCUUAAAUGACGAUAGAAAGAAUAAGUUUUUUUUCAUUUCCACUUGAAAUUUUUCUUGAAAAAGAGGUCUGCAGUUGGGAGUUUUUUGACAAAAGCCUAGAAAAUGAAAUUUUUACUCAAAGUUUUUCCUUUUGUGAUACCAGACAUCCCUAUCUAGGACCCUUGGUAACCCUGGUCACAUAACUACCAUUAAAAGGCUGUUACUUUUGAAAGUUUCAACACUCUUCAGUUUGGGUUUGAUAGAAAGGUGAAAAUUAUUUGUAUGCAACAUUUACCCAAAGAUUUCUGACACAGAGAUACGGGAGCAUAAACAUAUAUGACAUAAUUCUUUUAGCUAACUAGCCUUUAAGUACCACAGCUGCUUAUAGAAAGCUGCUUAGUUUAAGGAAGAGGAUGAUGCCUGCAACACCAGUGACCUAAAGCUGACAGAUUGUGUUUUACAGUUGUUAUUUGGCCAAACUUUAAACAUCUCCACACCUUCAACCAUCCGUCCAAGGACCUAACCAUCAACAUUUUUCUUUAUGUGGUUAAAUACCUGUCGGCUGGGAGAUUAAUUUUACUUCAAUAGUUUAUCAGGUAAUGUAUGAACUGGUUGUUUGUAGAACCAGUGAUUUGAUGUAAAUGUGGCUCAUUGCAAGGCAUAGAUUAUUGAACCCUGACAAUUUCAGAAUUAAACAAAUGCAAAACCACAACAGGACCAGGUUAAGAUCUUCAGAUGCAUACAGUUGUUCACCCAUCUCCUUUUUUAUUUCUUGAUAUAAUGGAAUGCUGCCACUAUUUUUGAUACAUCCGAGGUUGCCACAAAGAAUGAUGGGCAUGCAUGGGAUGAUGGUCUCUGAACUUCCCACUUCCUUCACUCUGCUUCACUGUGGCAGAACAAAACUUCACUGUUUGUCCAAAAGACCUACAAUCGCAGGUCCAAGACGGUAUUGAGACACCUAUGAUACCAUGACAUUUAAUAACCCUGGCUAUUUGGCUGGAUUUAAGGGGCUGGUUUUUGUUGGCUGCUUCUGGAGGAGUCUUUGAAUUGAGACAGCCUUUGACAAGCUGCUGUGACACAUUCAGUCUUCAAUUGUGGCCUUCAGAGACUGAGACCCGUGAGUUGUCUUGGCUGGAAAGUCUUUGUGUAGUUUUUGUUUUAGUCUGAUCAUGAAGUGGACUGUCUGAGUUUGUUGACUGCAAUAAGUGUCAUUUCAGUUUUGCCAUAAGAGCAACUGUGACCAAAAUAGAGUCAAGUGUUUGGUGUCACUCAUGUGCCUGUCUUUUUAGAUAGAGCUCAAGACUCAAGCUGAGCUGCUGUUAAUUGUUCACAUCAUUCAUUGAUGCAGGAGCUUGUUUUUAAAGAAAGUAUCUGUGCUUUUCUAUUUUAAAAGUUUGACAUUUUUAGAGUUAGGGUUUUAAUCUUUAUGACCAUAAUUAUUAAAGUUUGAGAUAAACACUUGAUAAAAGAUUGAACGAAAUCAACUUAUUACAGCAUAACUCCAGUGAAAGCCUCAUUGCAGGGUACUGUUCUGUAUUGGGUGUUGUUUUCACUGCAGAAACUGAAGCCUUCAAUAGGUACUGCUGCUGUUCAUAUGCCUUUUUUAUCUAUCCCAACCGCCAACCAUGCAUCCAUCUGUUCUGAUCUAAGUCUAGGUUUCCCUAGGUGAGAAAUUUCCGAUUCUGAGAAAGCGCAAUGAUGCCGUUGGGCUUAUGCUAGCAGGGCUAUAAGUGAGGGUGAGAACAUGACAAAUGUCAGAAAUGACACUGCAGAAUGAUGAGAGCUGAAGCCGCUCUCACCCCGGGAGAUCCGUCCCUGCUGAAGGAAGGAGAUAAACACUCUGUGUAUUUAUGUUUUAUGUGCGUGUGUGCGCGUGUGCUCGCAGAGAAACACAGAGAGAGAAAUCCUCUAGUGCUCUGUGAGAGCUACGUCUUUGUUACUCUGACAAUGGUGCUCUGACACAAAUGAAAAAGAAUCUUUUUUUCCUCCUCUGUCAAACACUUUUAUCUUUUCCUCUCCAACUGUCAGCGUUUCUCCUCAUACUUCCCCCCUCUCUCUCUUUCUCUCUCUCUUUUUUUUCCUCUGAUCCGCCAUUUGUGUAUCUCAGCAUUUCUCCUUCUGUCUCUCUCCUUCUUUCCCUGUCUCUUCUUGUCUUCAUUAGCUUCCCCUCUGCUGUUUUCAUUUCAUCAGUUACUCUCUGAAUUUGGUAUUGGAGCAGCAGAGAGUGAGGAAGAGAAGAGUCGAGCAGAGAGAAUAGAAAUACUGCCGAGAGAGGGUGAAAUGGUGUUAAGGGACAUGGAGAGGAGCACAGAAAAAAAGGGGGAAGAGUCAUUGUUAAAGGAUAUCAAAAGAGAAAAAAUGAGAGCAAGGCAUAAAGAGAAGCUAACCGACCCUGGAAAAAAAAGAGAGAGAGAAAAACACAAAAGGAGAAAAGGGAAGAAAUGGCAGAAGGAUGGUGCUGUGUGGAGCUACUGUGGAGCCGACAUCAGGAUAAGUGAUCCCAGUGGUAGAUAGAAGGUCAGAAACACACUGACAGGCAGACCACUGCUUAACCCGGCGCUCCCUGUGCGCACACAUACAAACGCACACUCACGGACAGCUGAUGUGAGGCAGGCAGACUGAGAGCAGGACGGCUGUCAAAACAUCAGCAUCUGCUCAGCAUCGCACAUGACGCUCUGAGCAAACACGCGCACACGUCCAUACACGCGGCAAACACUGUCCAGGCAGCCCUUAGAGGGAUGAAGGCUGAUAUUUGAUAAAGUUGUGCUACCACAGCUGGGGCUAGCUUAAACACACACACACAAACACACAAACACACACAAACAACUAUGGAAAACUGCCUGAUGCUAAGCUGUGUGUGUAUAUUUUAAGUCACAGGGAUAUAAAGGAAGUAGAAUUUGUGUGCUGCUUUGACACUGAAUAGUUAUUAUGUAUCGUUAAUGUAUAUUGCCUAUGCUGUGUUUUAUGCAGCGCUCAUAUUUACCAAACAUCAAUUUGUGUGUAUGUGUGUGUGUGUGCGUGCGGUACGCAAAUGCAAGGCUAAUUGAUUGUCCUCGUCAGCCCUGCUGUUCAGACUGCAGUAGCUGUCAGCAGGAGCCAACUGCUUCCCUAACAAGCCUUACAAACACACACACACACACACACACACACACACAAACACACACCCUCGCAUAGACUUUAACAAGCAUUCCCUCCUCUUACACACAUAUUAUCCCGUUAUCCCUUAACGUAGAAACAGACUCGCCAAAUUUACACGCAGUGGCAGCUGAAGAAAUCCAUAAAGUGCAUGCGGUAUGAUGUGACUAAGCUGUAAUUCUUGACAUUUGUGGAUUUGACUGACAGACCUUGAAGUACCUGAAGAAUCCCCAGGUAUUUUUUGAUACGUGACAAAAAGGCUGGCACCUUGUUCCAACCAUAAGCCAGAGUGAUGCAACACAGACGUAUUCAUAAUCCAUAACCAGAGACAGCAUGUUGGAUGAUUCAAUGUCUAAACAGUCGAUGCAGUAUCACACAAGCAGAUGAGAUAAUGCAAAUGCUAUACAACGAUGAAUCAACCCCUGCACACACAAACACACACAGGGAGGAUAUUGCUGAUGAAGUGUUGGUAAAUACACUCCAUCACAGCAUAGGAGGUUACACAGGGACAAGCCCCUCUCAUCCUUCAUCCUUUGCUUUUCUCUGUUCAGCCCCUCCCUCAGACACUCCUCACAAUCUGUCCUUACAACUUCAGCACACUCUCCACACCCACCUGCUUUACCCUUUCUUACUGAUGGAUCUCUGUCUGACUCUCCUUCUAUAUCCUUCUUCUUCUUUCUUCAUGCUAUCCUGCCGGCCCUGAAUCAAUCAUUUUUUUCCAAGGGUUUGUUUUUCAUAAAACAAGUACAGCGAGAUGAAGAUUAAGCUCUCUAUCUGGUAUUAUGCUCUGUCUUUUUCAUCCAUCCACUUUCACAAUUCUGUGGCUGAAUGAAGCAACUAGUGUGAGUGUAAUGCCAAAGCAUCACUCGGUACGUUUACAUGGCACUCAAGAAAACCGAAUUAUUGCCUUACUCUGAUUAAGAUCGGACAACUAAAGUGCAUGUAAACACCUUAGUCCAACUAUAAUCUGAGUUUGAGAACUCCUAUUGAAGUCGCAGAACUCCGAUUAAGACACCAAGAUAAUGCCAUUGGAAUUGGAGCUGCAUUUAUACGCGGACAAGGAGAGAAGUCCCAUUCAGCGGAAAAAAAAACGAAUUCUGAGCUCAGUCUGAUUAAGCUGUGCAUGUAAACGCACUGACUGUGCAGUGUAUGUAAAUGUGCACUGCAAAAGUUUUUUGUUUGUGUUUCACCCACACAGAAACUGCGUAUAUGGGUGACUGUAAACAAUACUUUUUGAAAACAGGUCCCAGCGAGCAUAAAUCCAUGUAUGACUACAGUUUUGUUUCUGUGCAUUUGUUAAUCAGAAAAUUAACUUUUCCUAAAAGUUCUCACAGGAGCUUGACUUUGGCCUCUUAUGCACAAACAAAAUGUAGGCCUACAAGUACAUUAAAGCUGUGAGCAAUCAAAUGUCAGUUGCUAAUAGUGUCUAUAGUUUUACAAAAACCCCAGCUAUAUGCAAAAACAUAUCAAACACAGGGUAGAUUUGAAAAAGCAAGAAUCAGCAACACCUAACUCCUUAAAGCUAGAUGCCCAUCAGCUAAAGCUAAUAUUAGUCCAUUAGUCCACACAUUAUAUAACAGAUGUAGCUUACUUUCAACCUUCGAUGCAACCUCAUUAAAGUUUUAAAAGUCGUCCUAACAGUCCUUCUCUUCAGCCAUCUCUGUCCGAAUUAUUAUUCUCCUCUAUUUUAGAUCCAAUGUCUUUAUGAUAUUAAACAUUAGCAUUCUCACUGCUAGAAUAAUCAGUCCUUAGCAUCAUCUGCUACCCUAUAUUUGAGGGACAUGAAAAUUAAUGUGGUUUACACAAGCCGUGGGCAUGAACUAACUCAAUCAAUAUGUCAUUUAUAGCAACUCAAAUUCUAAUGUUGUCACACACACAACCAGUAAGUUUGCAACAGUUUCACAGCGACAGCUAGGAACAUGAAUGAGAAGCCUAACAAAAGAUCCAACAUCGUCCCCCUCUCUUCUGACUUUAGCCACACUUGACAAACUAGUCCGGCUUUAUUAACCCACAGACUCUGUGAAUUUACAUUGAAAUGACUUGUAAAUUAGUUUAUUUUGGAAUCAGUUUAGAAAACAAACAGCUACAUUUAAUGAUCCUCAUCUUGUUUUCUUGUGUGUGUAAAAAUGUCUGUAAGCCAGUUUGAGAUUGCAAAUUUGCAUUCCAUUUUUUAUUCUGUUAAUAUUUUAAUCCAAAAAUUGCUGUAAGACUUUAGGGGAGACUCGGCCUGUUCAGAGUAGGCUUAAGACCCUGCCACCCCCCUCCUCUUGCCACCUUUGGCUGUGAUGCAUUGUUAUUGAGACAAAUGCUCCCACUAUCUAACAUACAGCAUUGGUUUUUCAUCCUAUCCCCUGAGAGCUGUUUUUUUUUUCUCCUUUCUUUCACAGCCAGGCUUUCUUCUGUCACUUCCUCCAUCUCCUUUUCUUAAUGUGUGUGUUCCUGUGAUUAUGUAUAUUUUGAAGUCCAAUCACCCAUGCAUCUGCUUGUUUGUGCCACCUCUGCAUUUGGGUGUUAACGGCUGCUGAAGCAUUUCUGCUCUUGUGUCUCCGCUGACCUGUCUUAAAUGCUGACUCAGCAGGUGUUAGUCCCCCCACCCCCACCCCUGCAUUAUUCAGCAAGCUUAGCCAAGGUGUUAAGCAGAAGCACAUCACGGUGGAGGAUGGGAGCAUGCUAAGUGGAGUGGCGGGAGACACAGUAAAAUGCAAAGAUGUUAGCUUAGUGCGAUACAGAGAUUAGCCUGUAGAAACAAGACUGAAGCUGAGCCCCAUUUGUGUUCAUGUGAAUUUCAACUCGGAUUUGAAGAUGUAUUAAGCUAGAAACAGUCAUUUCUUAAAGACAUACUGAUGACAUACGAAAGACAUACUAGACUUUUGGUCUAAAACAGGUCUAAUAGACUUCUAAAAGUAGCCUAGAUGACUGGAUCAGCAUCUAAAUUUAGACCAAGUCUGAAUCUGAGCUAUAUCUAUACUACAAUGUAUAUUGCUCAACGGCUAUUAUAAUUAUUUUGGUUAAGUAGUUGGAGGUCAGUUCUGCAACUCACAGUUGCUUUUUGAAAUAAAUAGUUAUUGAAUAAUGGGUUAAAGUGCAAUGUCUUAAUUCCAUCUAAAAACAUACAGAAUCUAGACGUUUGAAAUUAGGUCUAAAAAAAACUGGACAUCUAAUAGCCGUCUUUUGCUCAGUGGGGUAGGGACUUCAAACUCUUGUCUCUCCUGUCAUGUGAUCUAUGGAUACAAUCAUUAGCAUAACCACAAAGACUUCUCUGAUUCCCCUGGUAACAUGAUAAAUUAUUCCUACACAUAACCACAAAACACAAAGUAGCUGGUCUGCUUUGAUUGUGGGAAAAUGUCUGUAUUGCUUCGUAAUGGUCCAGCAUCCUUCGACUCCAAGUACUAGCUUGUCUUUUAGUGAAGCCAAAUGAAUUGUAAAACUUAUAAUUCAUCGUAUUUUGUUACUUUUUUAAACGAAUGUUGUACUGAUGUGUAAAACUGAUACCACACUCAAGGAUUGAGAUAAAAAAAACACCCUCUGGGAACACAUUCUUCUUCUUGCUUAGUGUUUUUGUUGCACUGACGACUGUUUUUCAAAAGGAGGUGUAAAUCCUUCUCAGUUACUAGUCAACUUGCGCUACUUUGGUGCAUUUUUGUGUCUCUUCAGCUUCAAUGCUCCUUGGUGCUUUACACCUCACUGAACAAUAGACGGCUAUUAGACGUCUAGUUUUUUUAGACCUAAUUUAAACUGUCUAGAUUCUGAAUAUUUUUAGACGAAAUUUAGACGUUGCACUUUAACCCAUUAUUCGAUAACUAUUUAUUUCAAAAAGCAGCUGUGAGUUGCAUAACUGAUCUCCAAGUAGUUAACCAAAAUAAUUAUGAUAGCUAUUGAGCAAUAUACAGUGUAGUAUAGCUAUAGCCCAGAUUUAAACCUGGUCUAAAUUUAGACGUUUAAAAAACUUCAACUUUAGACCUGUGGUAGCCUGAUUUUAGACCAAUCAUCUAGGCUACAUUUAGACAUCUAUUAGACCUCUUUUAGAUCAAAAAAUGCUUGGUGUGAUAGUGAGUAACUGCUUGACAUACAAGUAGAUAUCUUGUUGUAACAAAUAUUUACAUGUAACCCAAAUAUGAGGAAAUUCCACUUUUUAAAGUUGUAUUUUCAGGACAGUGACCUGUGUCAUAUCCAUGCUAAAACAGUACAUGUGCAGUUCUUUUUUGCUACAGCUUCAAUAUAAAGAAAAAGAGGAGAGAAAAGUGAAAAAGUAAUCUCUAAAGUCAAGACAGAGUUGUACUACAGGAGAGCCUUAAGAAAGGCACAGCUGUUUCAUCCCUUUUCAAGUUAUUUAUGACACAUUAUCUUUGAUGUCUGCUUAAAUAUUCACGGUCUGAUGUGAGUAAAAAGUUGAAUGAUGCAAAAAUUGGAGAUAAUCUUUUUUAAAGCUUCAAACACUGAUUUUUCCAGCCUAGUAGGCAGAGUGCGGCUCAUCCCUUUUUCUUUGUACCCAUUAGUCUAAUUUGUCCCCUUAAACAGGUGUUGAAUCAUACAUGCCUGAGAGGCUCUCCAAGAAGCUAAGUGGAUGCUAAUGCUAAUGAGAGCUCCAGAAGGGCCACAGAGGCUCGCUGUUGAAGAUGUAAGACCAGCUAAAAAGCUCCAGUACCAAAGAAAAAAAUUUAAUGCAAUGCGAGUCACAGUUUUUUCUGGUAAUGUACCUCUUCUUUGUUUAUACCUUUGAAGUCGACCACAAAGGCAAAAUACUGAUGAAUUAGCACAAAUCAGGCAAACACCACAACAAAGCAGUUGAUGCCCUCACACUGGUCUGCUCCUAACUCAGAUGCUCACAAAGCGUUUAUUAUCUCCUUUCCUCUGAGUGUGAGUCAGAAAUGCAGCUUACACAGUGUUUGAUGUGCUGAGGUAUCUUGGGGUUUUUUGGACUUUGGUUGUCCUUUUCACAGUACAGCAGCUGGGACAAUGUUCUCUUUCUUUUCUCUCUUUUGGUCCUGUCGCUACAUUUAUUUUCUGUCUAGUUUUCACUCCUCUCUCUGUCCUCCUCUCCCUCUCUCAAUCACAGCCUCCUCCUCUCUCUCUCAUUCACGCCUCUUUUAUCUAUCUCUGCUCAUUUUCAUUCCAGAUUCUCCCCCUUUCUUCUCCUUCACUUUAACUUUUUCUAUCUUUGUGUCUGUCUGUGCUCCCACUCUCACUUGUCUGCACUAAGUUGUGUGAAGUCAUUUUGAAGUGAGUGAGCUCAGUAAGCUGUUUUGGUCACGUCUGUGGAUGUUUGUCUAACCUCCUCUGUCCGUGUCACAGGACAUUCCUUUGUGGCGGCUUCAAACGAAUAUGCACACACUCUUUCCCGCUCACACACACACACACACAUGCACUUGCACGAAAUCUUUAAACAGUUAGGUGCCGCGAAAGCACACACACUUCACCCAUGCACCCUGACACUCGCACACUGAAAACAUUGAACCAGAAUACCUUAAAAAGUGAAGUUGACAGGAGAAUAGAUUUUAAAGAGUUACUUCAAAAGAGACAGUCGUGACAGAGGGAGAACCAGAGCAAAUGCUUGCUCUCUUCCUGCUUGACUUUAUCCUGGGCUUAGUCUUAGUGUUUACUUUCAGUAGGUAUUGGUGGUGAAAGUUUAAAGUGUGUGUUAAGGCUUUUUUUGAAGGAUUUUAUCCUGUGUUUGGGCAAUAUGAUACCAUCUUUUCAAACAGCUUUGAUAUAGGUGACAGAUAUGGAGGAGAUAAGAUAUGGAGAUGCUAUAGGUGUCUUAUCUUACAACCAGCAUCUUGGCAUCACUCAUUAUUAUCCUCAUUUUUAAUUUCAGUGUCCACAUUCAGUAUUUAGGCAUGCACAGUUAAGUUGAGCUACUGUUUUAGCUGAAAUAGGCAUUUUGAAUGGACUGCUGUCCUUAUUCCAAUCUUAAAGCACUUGGUGGGAAUCGAUUUACCCCCAAUUUCCACCGUAUCCAUAACGGUUCCAAUCUGAAACGGCAGCGAUAUUCACCAUCCGCCAAUUUCCAACAGGUCAGGAUUACAGACAGCGGGAAUCGCGAGAACUCACAAAAACCUGCCGAUUCCUGCGGAAUCGCGCGAUAACAAGUUGUCUUUAUAAAGACAGCCACAUCACCAUAUAAGCAGUAGAUUGUGUCCUCGCAGAGGAGGAAAUCCACUUUUAGACUUUUAGAAUCAGCAUCUGCUCAUCCAUGGUGUCAUUGGGGUGAAAUGUUGUCUGAAAACCUUUCACUUGUUUGUUCCUUCCAGUGUGCAUGGUGUGAAAUACAAUCCGCCUGAAACACAGAGGGUUUUAUUUUGAAAAGAAGUCAGAUGAUUUAUUUUGUGUCUGUGCCAGGCUUCCUUUCCAGCACAGGUUAAUCUGUGCUGAAUUUAUCCGGCAUGCUCCGGCAUCCGGAAAAAAUAAAACUCUUGCGAUCAGCUGUGGAGUCUGGCGAUCUACAGCAGGAUGGAAAGAAGCUGGUGGAAAUCGACACAUUAAAUUCAAUGAUUACGAUCAGCUGCAAUAGGUGGAUACGGCCUUUUGUAGCAGUUCCAGAUGCAGUGGAAAUUGGGGGUUACUGUUAAGUAUACUGCCUCUGGCCUCUGCUAUGGUGGGUGGAGAUAUGCUCCCUUUCACCCUUUCAGCUCGUAGCUAUUGUGCCAGCUCUUGGUUUGCUCAUGUCACAAACUAAAAUAAUAGACUAAGAGGAUUCAGAACUAGGAGCUGACAGUGGAUGGCUAAACGUUGAAGACUAUUGUUGCCAGGAGACCUUUUGCAAGUUUUACUGUUUAAUAGCAACACUAGCACAUCCCAUUCCUGUGUCGCAGAUGUUAUUUUUAAAAUGCUGCUUUCUUCCCUUCAACCAGCUUAUUCAUUUCUCCACAAAAGUCAUUUCAACAAUUUAGUGUUCAUUUUAAAACUCCAAUUCUAAAAAAUAGCCCAGUCAAGGCGUCAAAUGUGAAAAAUAAAACAGAUUGUGACAAUUCGGAAACCUUUCAAAUCUUUUUUAUAGUUCAAAAUAAGAUUUAUUGUUGUCUGACAACUAUUCUCAUAUCAAAUCUUACGCCAGCAAUAUCUGUCAAAACUGGGACAUGGACAACAAAACACUGAGUUUGCAAGUUUGCAACGCUAAAAAAACUGGAAUAACUUCUAACUAAAAAGGGUAUGCAUCAGAUGAGUGACAUGACAGCAUAAAAAAGCAGGGGAAGAAUUCCAGAGACUGAGUCACUCAAGUAGAAAUGAGAAGAGGUUCACCACUGUAAGAGACGGUAAAAGCAACAAGUUCAUCAAUUUUUGAGUUUUUUAAUAGAGGGUUUGCAAAGAAGUUGGACAUUUCAUCUCUUAUAGUGCAAACCAUUCGUAGAACCUGGAUGAACCUUUUAACUACAGAGAAAAAGCCAAAAAACAAACACUAGAUGGCUGUGAUCUUAGGUCCUUUGAUCCAUAAAAAACAGACUUUGCAGUGGAAAUCACUGAAUGGGCUGAACCAAAAGCCAUUGUCUUUAUGUGAACACAUGAACACUACUCCUUCCCCUUAUCUUGUUCUCUCUCUCUCCCUCUCCCCUCUUCUCUCUCUCCUCUCUCUCCCUCCAUCUCUCUACAUUCCUCCCCAACCCAGCAGCGGCAUGGUGGCUGUCUAACAUGAAUCUGGUCCUGCCCAAGGUUUCUGCCUGUUAAAAGGAAGUUUUUCCUCGCCACUGUCACUCAUGUUAGUUGAGAUGGGCCAAAACCCAUCUUAGGUUGGUUCUUGAUCAUCAAACAAUGAGUGUGGUCCAGACCUGCUCUUGUUCUUUGAAAAGCGUCUUGAGAUGACGACUGUUGUGAAUUGGCGCUAUAUAAAUAAAAUUUGAUUGAUUUGAUUGAUUGAUUGACUACACCCCCCUGACCACCUGGCAAUGGAAAUAAGAAGUUACCAUUACAAUAAAAAAAGACUCAAUCCAAUGCCUUGUUUUUUUUUUUCUCAUUGAACAUCACACUUAAAUUGCUGUUUGAAACUGCAGUUUCUUUAUAACAGUUAAACUUAAAAAGAGAAUAUAUUCAUCUUGAUCAUUCUUGUAUUUGUACUUAAGGGACUUAUUUUCAAGCAGCCCACAUGGAAAUCUAUACUCAGUUAAUAAUACUGGUCUGACCACAACUAUAGGGCCAUCAAACUAAUGCAGCAGCUAUGUUGUGUCCAACUGAAGGGAUAUAAUGCAUGUACCGUGCUCUUUUCUAUAAUUAUAUACAUAGGCCUGCAGCCUUCUAUAAUUCAUGUAUAUGUUCACCCCAGCUUCCUCAGCACAUAUGCAACUCUCAGUUGAAUGCCCAUGUGGCCAGCCUAAUGCACUGGACAUUCUUCAAGCAUGUGCUUUGCUUCUUGAUCAUCACUUUGAUAGUUAAACUGAAAGGUUUCUCCUGUCUAGUCAUUUUAUAUUCUGCCCUCUUCAUGCCGUCGUUCCACUUCAGAAUCCCAAUUCCCCACACUUUUACUCUGACUUAAAUAAACAUGGAGUCUAUUUGCAUAAAAUAAAGUGAUGGGAGUAAAUUGGUUUGAGCGGUAAAGAUGCAGCUGCUCCAAACUGAUAAAUAUAAAGAAGAGAUACAGAGGUUAUCUGAUGGAGGGAAAGGACGGGAGGGAUGGUGGCAUACAAUGUUUUUCACUUUUUCCACCGAGUCAAACCCCGGUGGCCAAUGUUUGAAAGAGUUUAAAGGGGGAAGAGUGUAAAUCAGGCGUUUGUGGCACAAAUGAGAUAAGAGAGAGAAAUUAGAGCUUUAGUGUUCCUGUUAUGGUCAAAGAGAGAAAAAAGGUAGAGAUAAGGUGGAGGGAACAGAGGGAGGCGGGGAAAUGUGGGACACAAGCCGACACCGACCAAAGCUGACACCCCUCGGCAUGUAGCGAUCACCUCCUGGGCUUAAGUGUGUUUGAGUGAGUGUGUGUGUGUGUGUGUGUGUGUGUUUCUAUUUUUCGUGCCCUAUGCUCGUGUGGGUGUGACUGGGAAACAAGGGAGAAUAUUUAAAGCUGAUUUGUCAUGAGAGAGUGGCAAAACAGUGAAGCCAGCACAGUGCUGCAGACACACACACAUGCACACAGAAACACACAGAGCACACACGCACGCACACACACGCACACACACAGGCCUUAAGCUUGCAUUUAGCCAGAUGGAAAAGGCUCUGGUUAUUUCUCAUGGGUGGAAAUACUCUUAGGGGGGGGACAUACAGCUUUCUGCACCAACAACCAAUACACACUACAAAGGAGAACACGCACACACACAGAGACCCAUAUGUAGCGACAAACAGAUGUGCAUGUACAAACCCACAGAGUGUGCAUAAACAACCGAUGGCAUAAACACAAUUACACUCACGCACACAAACACACACUGAAGGACACGCGUGCUCAUGCAGUGUUUACCAGCAGUUUAGCUGCUAAUGGGCCAUGUUUUACACCCCGUGUCCAAACACAGGUGAAUAAACAGCUAAGCAGAUAGCUGGGUAUGGCGGCAGAAGGUUAGAGAUGAAAAUAUGAUUUUUUUUAUAAUGAUGAAAAAUAUUGAGAUUCCCAUUUUUUAAAGGUAAAUACUCUUGCAGACUAUUUGCUGAGCCUCUUCCCAGGUUUCAUUCAUGCCAAAGUCAAAUUGGCUUACAGCAUCCACCUAGAAUUCCAUUUUUGUUUACUAGAGGAGUAAAUCCCAAUGUGAAUAGAGUUGGCUGCAUGAAAAUCUAUGGAGCAUGCCAAAACAGCUUUAUUAAAUAGUCUUCUAUUUCCCACAACAUGUCAGAUGUUUUUAGGAGCCUAUCUGCCAAAUUCAGACAGAUUAAUUGCUUUUACUCUCUAUUCCUGAAAUUUAAUUUUUCCUCUUGUAAAGCAAUAGCUACAUAUUGGGGAAACACUCAUGUCUUACACUUAUUUUGUUUUCCAGACAAGUAGUAAAUCGCCCAGACAGAAACUGCUACAGAAAGCAAAGAUAUUGCCAACAAUUACUCUUGUUUUUUCUCUGUAUCUAUAAACAACUUGACAAAAAAUGUGGAAUUUAGCUCGCCAAGACGCUGAAAUCCACAUUCAGCUGAAGAGAAUGUUAGAGAGAGCAUAUGGAACAGCUGCAGAAGUCUUAACUACGACCUCUGUCCUCAUUCUACUCACAUUAUUUGCUGCAAUCACAACCAUUUAUGGUCUGAGUCACUUUGUAGCAACAGGCAACUUAGAAAUGUACUCACAAUUAGGGCUGGGUGAGAAACCGAAAAUUUACCGAUACCAAAAUUUAUGGCAAUAUCCAACGUCAUUUUGCCCAUAUCGGUAUAUUCGGUGUCAAAAAAUUAAAUAAAUCAAUAAAAGUUGGUUUUGGAUGUGUGUAGGUAGGCUAUGGUCUCAUGUCCUAUGUCAGAGAUGUGACUCCACCCCAUCCAGUCUGUAACAAAGAGGGAAAGACAGGUGAGGAGAUGGAGGACGGUUCAAAAGUUGUAGCGGCUGGAGCGGUGGCUCAAGUAGACGAAGUUAAUGUGGGAGGGGGUGAGCAGCUUGUGGAGUAGCUAUCGUCCAUUUAUCGUUAUCGGCCAUAUCGCCCAGCCCUACUCACUAUAUAAUGUUAGAUCCUGCUGCUUCUAAUAUCACCAGAAAAAUAUUGGUAUGAGGUUUCAACCAAUAAGAAUCAAGUAUUUAAUAACAGAGCUGCGUGAUGGUUGGUUGGUUUCCUUAUCUUGACUUAAAACCACUUUUUUUUUACCCCUCUUUCCAGUGAAGCUAUCUGAUUUACAGGUGCUCUAGAUACGAAUGGAAACCAUUCUCCCUAAGACAGAAAGUAUAGCCUACAAAAUACCAAACGUCUUACAUUAUGAUUCAUGGUGGGAGUGUUUCUUGGUUAUCAUUACUGAUAAAAUUCCUCAAACUGUUUAACCCCUCAGAAAGACAAACCCUUACCCAUGACUGUUUCUGUUUAAAGCACCUGCUGUUUCAAACAGAAAGUAUGAAUGUUACUGAGCAUUUCACAUCUCUGGGGAAUUUUCCACAGCUGAAAGUGAAAGUGUGAUGUGUGUCCUGUUAGCUAGUGUUGGGGCUUAUGAGAAUUCAUUUUGAGAAGAUGAAAGUCAGACAGGAUAUGUUAGACGCGGGAUGGCAGACAUAGGAAAUGGGGUUGCCUUGUUAUAGGUAAUGUCCUGUGGGAGUGUGCCUCUGGGUGAGAAAGUAUCAUAUCCACACUGUCACUCAAGAAAAAUAGCUUCUGCUUUGCACUGAGUACAGACUUAGAUGAAAAAAAAGAGGGAGUUUUUAAUGUCAUGUGGAUAUUUUCUUACCCGAGAGUUCAACAAAAAUCAAGUUUUUAUCAAGAGAGAAAUUUAAAAUGUUAUCUUUUACUUUGAUCAUGAAUUAUUUUCUUGUGAGUUUAUUACUUUUGCCACAGAUCUGGUGUAGUUUGGGGUCUCUGAUGCACUGGUUGCUGGGUGAUCAGAGUGUGAUUGGCACUUGGAUCAGAAAUAGAUCUCAGAGCAGUGAAGAACAUCACACCCUGGCACUGGAGGUGGUGGAGCCAAAUUUAAUUAGCGAGACUUUACCCACAUAUGUCCCAGAAGACACGCAUCCUUGCGCACGUACACACGCACACACACUGAAGAACGUAUCCCUGGCAUUCCCACAAGCGCAAUUUAAUAGAUCCCACGCACAACAGGAACACACACACACACACAUCACACAGUCACGCAAAAUUAUUGUCACGGUUGUUUAGUUGUCAAAUCAGGAGGCUGAAUGCUUAAUUGCAAGUGUUAGUCAUUGUGUGUACAAUUUGUUUGUGUGUUUAAAUCAAGGAGGUGUGUCAGGCUGGUGGCCAAGGGUGCAGAUUUUCUUGGAAGAUGCACCCAAAAUAGUUUAAUCUACUCCAACUGCAAUAAAGAUUUCUAUUAUAAGACUAAUAUCCAUGAAUAUAUAUUGAAUCCAGUAUCUAAAUCUAUAUUAGGGGUGUCACUAUUCUACAAAUCCUCAAUUCGAUUGAAUUUUUGAUUUUAGGGUCACAAUUCAAUUCGAUUCUAGAUUCUUUUUCUUACAGCACAGAGGCCUGUGCCAUUUUUAGACUAGUCUAGUCUACGAUCAUUGGUUUUAUUCCAUUACUUUUUGUACAGUAAAUCUUAUCUCAAAAGAUAGGCUACAUACAAGUGAUGCAAUUUCCAUUAUUCUUGUGUAAUGUAUCACAUUAGGCACUAAUGGUCAAAUUUAUAUAAUUUAUUUAACAAUCUUGUUUUAAGUGAAGUGAAAGCAACAAAAGCAAACGUAACAGCAACAAAAAUGAAAACUCACACAGGUUCACGUCGGCUACAAUGUGCCGCGUUGUCAUUUGCUUCUGUGUUGCACACCUCUCAGAUGUGGAGGGAGGGGAUCUUGAUCCUCUCUUUAAUUUCGAUUAUCGAGACCAUGACGUAUUCUUGUCGAUUUUGAAAAAAACACUGAAAUUGUGACACCCCAAUCUACAUAUUCAAGUAUUCAUUCGCCUUCGUCUGACAAAAUAGGCCACAGUGUGAAACAGCAAAACUCAAAAAAAUAACAAAUAAAUAUGUAAAAGUGUUUGCCCUUUAUUUAUCAUCUCUGUAUACAACAUGUAAAAAGUGCCCUCUGCACUGAAGCCUUCUUUCAUGCUGGGCAUUAAAGCAGUUUUUCCCACACACAGGCAGACUGACCAUGGUGGGAAUCAGAGAUCAAUACAUGAAUGUGUGAUGUGCACUCGCACUUCACCCCACAUGAUAAGAGACCGUUGGUGUUAUCCUGCUCCUUACAGUUUUCCACCUUUGUAGCUCUCUUAAGGACUAAAACACUUUGUGAAUAACUUUGGUCUUUACAAAAAUCUAGUCUCAACUUUCAGAGAAAAUUCUUAGAAAAUGUCAAAAACGACUACACAAUAAGGCUCUCCUUACCAUCCUGACUUUAGAUCUGAUUUGAAGUAACUUCAGCAGUUGUAUUUAUUGUUUGUGAAAUUUUGCUUGUAACCGGAAACAUUUUCUGAUGUUCCAAGCAAGUUAAAAGGCGGCAGAGAAGAAGAGAGAAACAAGAAAGUACAGGAACAAAUUAAACUGAAACUUUUCUUGGCAGCAUGUUUGGAGGCGAUUUGCUGGCAGAAAAUGUCCUGACAUGCAUGGUUUAGCCAAGUAACAGCCUCUCCUAAUUUCACAUAUUUCACUCAUCCUGUGCCCAUCCUGUGCUGAGAUAGUUUGGAUGGUGACACUUUCUUUUUUUAAAACGCUUACUGGUCUUGUACCCCUGCUAAUUAAACUCUAGGGCUGAAGUACUGACUCUGCAGGAUUUGAUGCUGAUGUGCUGUCGUUAUAUUAAUAUCAAAUACAUAAGUUUUAUAUGCUACACAGAAUCCCCUGAUUAUAAAGUCUUCUCCAAAAGUUGAACACAUUAAAACAGAUGGAUCCAGUGUUGAUCAUUUAAAUAUUUUAAAGUUUUGCAAAGAUAUUGAUUGUGUAAAGUCUAUGAACCAAAAAAUUAAAAAAGCACGGUUUCUUUCAUUACGUUCUUCAGUUGUAUCCCAGAUUUCUUAUUUUGGGGAUCUUUGCUCCUAGUGAAGGUCUGAAAGUGUGAAGCAUGAAGAGAGGCUGAUUUAAUCAAUUUCAGCUCAAACUGUAAUUUGGGUUGACUGUAUGUUUAUAGUGAUAAACACCAUAAAAAUACAAAAGCAACAAAGCAUAAAGUCAGCAUAAUCAUGUUUCAUGUUGAAUCUUACAUGAAGCAUUACGGAGAGUUAGAAAAAAAAAAAAAUGACUCAGUUCCUUUAACCGGGGCCUGGGUUACGAAGCCACCACUGUCUACUCUCUGGACUGGAUAUUAAACAGAAACCUCUUUCUUUUCUUGUUUCAUUUGCAUGAAUUUGCAAAGGAAUCAUUGACAUCACUGCAUGAUUUAUAGCAAGGUCAAUGGUGUCACUGGGAAACUGCAUCUUAAAGAGCCUGGUGCUGCCUGAUUAAAUUUACAUAUAGUCCCAAUUUGGGGUCUUCAUUCUUCUUAAUGCUUUCUGCCUCCAGCACACUUCACCCCUUCACACAAACCAGCAUGCAUGGAUGGGCACAUGUUAAUAAAUGCACCACAGUACUACAUCCGCUUUCAUAGAGCCAUAAUUGCACAAGCAUAUGCAUACACAUACACACACAGGAAGUGGUAGAGGCCAACAGCAAGUCAAUAAAAAGCAAGAAUAUUUUGAAAAGACGGAUCUCUUCACUGGGACAAACAAACACCGGAGAUGUCUGUUGUGUCGUCUCAAGCUGAAAAAAAAAGGAUUUUCUGAAACAGAUGUUCCCGUUCCUCUACUCCUUCAGUUGUAUAUCUCAGCAGUGUGGGACGUUAGGCCAGACAUUACAAAUCUAAAAAUCAUGCAAGCUUUAUAUAUAGGAUGAUAUGCCAUUCUUAUGCUGCGUUCCAGUUUCGUUGGAAGUCGGAUUUCGGAGCAGAGAAUGACGUUACUACCGAGUUGACUACGUUUUAGUUAACAAGUCAAAAAACCAAGAUGGACGCCUACAGUUAGUCAUUUUUAGCUGUCAUUUACAAUUGUCAGUUGUCAUUAGCCCUUGUCAACUGUUGUUAGUUGUUAGUUAUACCAUUUGUAAACAAGGCAUAACAGUAUUUUACUCUUACAAACACCAUAGCACCGUGUUCACAGGUAGCCGUUGGGCAGUAGAACAUAAACCACUUAUUUAAUUUCACAAUAACAAAACAGAAGUGCUAAUAAAACAUUUCACUGUUACUCUUUACUGUUAAUGCACUGCGCAGCCAUCUUGGAUUAUGACUUUGUCAAAUCGGGAUUGGUGAGGAUCGUCUGACAUUCCGAGAUGAAUUUCUGACUCGGAGCUUGGAAAUUCCGACUUCCGAGUACAACUGGAACACAGCAUAACUGUAUCUAUAUCUGUCUGUUCCUCAUUCCAAAUUUAAUGGACGAUCUGGUUGAGGCACAUGGCUUUUAAUCAUUAGCCUAGUUCUGUACAAAGUUUCUGCCUGUUCAAAUCAAGUUUUGUCCGGCCACAAUUUCUGCCAAACUUUUGCAACUUGGGGAAAGAGGGAAAGAGAAGGGACUCAUAAACAAAUAUCUCAUGCUAAAUAAUGCAAUUCAGGGACCGAGUGUUUAAUUAAAGGUUUCAGGUGGUCAAGCAAAAGUGAAAAUAGGUCCGCAACAAAGAUAGUUUUCAAACGAGGAAAAGAGACAAGGUCCUGAGGCAGAAAACUAACAGCAAGCAAACUGAUAGCUAAAAUAAAAUAAUUGGUGUAUGCAUAUGUUUGUGCAAUAUGUAAGAAUAUAUAAUAUGUAAGAAACUCGAGAUUGAUGAGCAAAGUGGAGAUAAACGGCAGGACUGGGAGGAGGGUGCCAGGCGGGGUGAAUGUGCAGCACGUUGGAUCACAACCAAGAAAAGGUGCUCCGGGGGGUAGGAGGUGCAGAGUGUCAAGAGUCUGGAAGUGGCUGCUAAUGAGGACCAGAAAGGUAGACUGUGAGAAAUCCAGAUCCAACAGCUAUGUAUCUUACAUUUAAAGUGCAUCUGUUGAGCUUUAUUUAAUUUGUUUGGGCUUAAAUUAGUGAAAACUUUCCCAGAGUGGAACCACCAAAGACUGAAAUACAAAUCCAGUUAAUCUCAAACAUGCUUUAAAACUUAAAGAAAGAAGGAAUUUAUCUUAGAUUAACCCUCAUGAAGCCGGGUUGAUGUUGAUGAACAGUCUAUUAAUGUUACUGACAAGUAUAUGAACUGUUAACAAGUUUCUAUUAAGAGCCUAUAAGCAAUUAUGAAUAUAUUGGCUUUGUCUUAUUCACACUUUUUCACACUUAUUAAUGUUUAUAAGCAUUUUUAAGGUCUUAAAAGUGACUAAUUAACUAUCAAUCAAUGCUCAUUACAAGGAUGUCAACAGAAAGUGUGGCCAUUAAGACAAAUACAGUAUUUUCAUUUUAUUUGAUGCACAUUUUAGUAAAUAAGUGUCACCUUUUUUACUUUUGGUUAUAUACAGUAUGAGUAUCUGUUGUGAAAAAGCAAAAUACCAAUGCUGUAGAGAGGCUUUUCAUAUUUUUGAUCUUGAACAAUUUAACACAACAAAUGAAAUAGUUCUUGAGGUCAAAUGCUGUGUACUUUGAAAUCCCUGCCCUAGAUGCAAGGUAUAGCAAUCAUAACACAUAUAUGCACAUAAAUCCCCUUGUGAAUAUACGUGAACACGAAAGACCCACAAACACAUCCACACACAAACACACACAUGGCUCCCUUGUGACCUUACAGGGUAAAAGUUUCAGACACAUAAGCACUUUUAUGACUGAAUGGACCCACACAGUGAAGCUUCUGAUCAGCAGAGUGGAAGAAUUCCUUUACUAACAAACUCUGCACCAAUACACACACAUACACGCACAUAGGCACACACACAAACACAACCACCCACUCAUACUCGACCAAAUGCAAAUGCAUUCACAUUAACACAAGCAUAAGUGCUCACAAGCAGUACGCACUCAUAUCCAAAUGCAUGUACACACACUCACACACUCUUACUGUAGGUGCAGUGUUAAUUAACAGAGUCAAAUUUGGCAGAGGUUAUGACUGGUGAGGACUGCAGAAUGGCCAAUGAGACAGAAUUACUGACUAAAGCAAAGAAGGGCAAAGUAAAGAGAGGAAAGAAGGAGAAGGAAGGAAAGGAGGGGAGAGGAAAGGAGGUGAUAUUAAGUAGAGUUUGCAGCAAAGAGGAGGAGGAGAAGGCCAAAGCUUCAUCAUCAUCAUCAUCUCCCAGGGGAACAUACUGAGGUGCCUUGAUUAUGCAUUCAACUCUCUCACUCUGACAAAAAGUACAUACCCCUUAGAAAAUACAGCUCUGUCAGCCGGCUUCAGCACACAGCCUGACCUUAAGGUGUGUUUCCACGUGUCAGGGCUUUUUGGAUUUCACAAUUUUUCUAAGUUGCCAAUUAACUGAUUAAAGCAAUUAAUGAGUUUUGUGGGGGGUUUUUGUUUUUUUAAAUCAAAAUCAGUUUUAUGAGUGCAUUGAUUAUUCAGGAUGAGAAAUUUAGAGGGGUGUGAUUAUGAUGUUUAUCAGUACUGAUGAGCAAUUAUAUUACAAAGACGACUCUCAUUACCGCCAUUAGAGUUCGAGGAAGAAGUUGGUUCAGCUAAUAAGAAGAGUGCAUGACAAUUAAAAGUUACCAAAGCAAAGUUAGUAUUUUGCUGUGAUCCUCUUUUUUUGCAGUUGUGUACAUCGGAUGAUAAGGAUACAUCAAGGGAGUCAAGUUAUAAUAUUACAAGAACAAAAUUGUUAAAUAAAAGCUUCAAAUUAAUCACACAAAAGAAACAAACUAACAAGAUUCGUGUCAUGAUUAUACUGUAAUGAUACAAGUAUAAAGUUGAAAUAUUUCAAGCUGGAUUGAUUAAUCAGUCAGCCAAAAAGAACUCAUUUUCCCAACCUAAAUGAGAGCAUAUCAGAUUAAAAAAAAAACUACUGGCUUGAGUUUAAUAUGAAUCCUGUCAAUAAUGCAUUAUAUUAUAGCUUUUUACAGAAAAAUCACCUAUGUCCUAAGAUCAAAAUGCAUAAAUUGAUGGAUUUAUCUAGUUUUUUUCAUAAACUGACUAAAAAUCCAUCUAAAACAUGUUACUUGUUACGAUCAUUAGGUUUCUGUGUGCAUAGAAAAAUGUAUUUCCACGUUGCCUUUUUCCUAUUUUGACCUCAAUACUUUGAUAUCUUUGGUUAGCUGGACAGAAAUCCAGGAAUCUGUAGUGGCAAGAUAACGUACUUCGAUCAAUAGUGUGAAAUUGGCCUUUAUAUAAGCCAUUGGCCAACCUGUUCCCUUGUUAUUGGUAUUAGCAUCAGCCACUAAAAUUGUGACAUUGAUUGGGUAAUUUUAUUGAGAGAGGAGUUGUUACAGGUAAUAUUUAAAUUUCUACAAGUAUAAUAAAUCAUGUUUAUCAGUAUGGUCAUUUUGUGAAGUGUUAUUCAAGAGAUGAAUGAUAGUUUCUUGCACAGUCGAUCCUGAUAGUAAUUUCAAUAUUGCGCUAAAAAUUGAAUACUGAAUAAUAUAUGAAACAUGUAAUAAAGUUUAGGUUGACCAGAUGCUCCACAUUCCUUGUUUUAGUGCUGCCAGCUGGAGUCUCCCUUUAAAGUAACACACAGGCAAACUGGAGUCAAAAUCAUGAGUUUUCUCAUAAAUUUCUUUGUAACUUUAUUGCUUCAUGUGUGAUAGUGUGUGUUUGUGGAAUAGUAAAGAAACUCAGGUGCAGAGUUUUUGUUUUAUUUAUUAUUUAUUUAUAUAUUAUUUUUUUUUUCAUUUUUAACACAGUAAUGCACUAACGACUAAACUUUAUGAAACCACAUUGGUGCAUCUUAAGAAAACCCAUCAUGUUUUGGAUGUUAUAUUUUACAGAGAAGCACAGCCGAAUUUUAAUACAGUCUAGUCAAGUUGUCAUCUUUUUUGAUUCCAAACCUUUGGUCUCCAGACAUUUCCUAUCCUUUCUUUUUAGUUUUGAUGAUUCCUUUUUUUUCACUUCAGCCAACAGGUCAAUCUAUGGUCAGUCCAGUUUGUUCAAAAUAAACCUGAUAUUGAUAACAAUCAGGAAAAAAAUGCAUACUCCUGUGGAUCCCUCGAACAUUUGAGCCGGUUUCUCAGUACUUUCAUAACUUUAUCAGGGACAGGGCAGUUUGAAUUAGUGUUAUUUCCUCUUCAUCCAAAGAUAGAUUUUUCUUGUUUCAUCCUCAAAGAAAAUGUGACAUGAAUCUGAAUCAGUGUUUUUGCAGAGAUGUCAAACUACUCGAUUAAAUUUUGUGUUCAUGAAUGUUGUUGAAAGUUUCGUUGGAACUGGAAAUGAAAGUACUUCUCUAUCAUUGUUGGACUGAAAUGUCACAUUUGUUUUGGAUGCUGCUUGUCUGAAUGUUUUUGUUCUUCUAUCAUGUCUUUAUGUGUGUCGUCUUUUAAUGUCUGUGAAAACGCUGCUUUGCUUGUGCUCAUUGAAAACUGGACUAACUCACCAAUCAGUUGUAACCACUUAUAGACAACUAUCACCUCAUCACAGACUUGUACCGCAAGGAGGAUAACAUCACAGUCACGGCACUGGGUGGGGUCAUACAAAGCCCACGCUACCCCAAUGCUUACCCUCGCAACCUGCUGUUGUCAUGGAAACUGCUGUCGCCGCCAGGGAGCCGCAUACACCUGGAGUUUGACGGACACUUUGGCCUGGAGGAGGCAGAGAAUGGGGUCUGCAGGUAAAUCUCCAGAAAGAUAAAAAAGAAAGAUAUCUAGCAGGGAGGCAAAUAAGAAAUUCAAAAAGAUGAUAAGAACCUGAUGCCUGAAUGGAGGAAAGAAGGGAGGCAUCAAUGAUUUUAAAGCAGCUCAAAUAGGAAAAGUCAAAUGAAAGUAAAAGUGAUAAAAGAGUGCGGAAUAGAAACUGAUGGGAAGGACAGCUUCAAGUCACGAAGAGGAGAGGAAAAGUUUGUCAAGUACGAGUCAAGUUGAAAGGGCGUAGAAUAGCUGCUUUAUAAAGGAGAAAAAAAAAAACAUUUCACAGGGUAUGCAUAUUAAUAUAGCAACAAUAUACUGUGAUUUCAAGGAUGUAUGGGGAAAGUAUAUAAAAUAUUUAGGGGAUGGAAUCACUUUGAGACAGAUUUGGCAAGAAGGGUAGGAAGUUUGUCCUUGAAGGUUUAGGAGAGAAAACAGACUUUUUAAUCCUUAAAUGCAACUCAGCCGUCUUUGUAAGCACUUUGCUGAAAAGACAAUGGGGAGCCCGCAGAGGGGAAAAAAGGAGAGAAGAGAUUUAGACGAAGAAAGACAAAAAAAGUAACAGAAACUUGUUUUUCACAUCUAUUUUGUUGCAUUAAAGGUGUGCGUAUUCGUUUACACAUUGGGUUUGAAUUUGCUUGAUUGAUGGAGUCAGUUUUGGACCAGCGGGUUGAUGGCUGUAACAUUAUUCAAGUUAUUAAAAAAACAACUUUUAAAGCAUGACAAUAGGCCAGCUAGCUGAUCUAACAUGUCUUUUUUGUAAUGAGAUGUAAAGCAAUGAACACAACCCCCUGUGAUUGUAUGCAAAACCAAUAACCCCCAAUUUCAACCGCAUCCGGUAAGGCUGUAUCCGCCGACCACCACUGACUGUAACCAUUCAAGUUAAUGUGUCAAUUUCCACCGGCUUCUUUCCGUUCCGCUGUGGAUCACCGGACUCUGCAGCUGAUCGCAAGAGUUCUAUUUUUUCCAAUGCCGGAGCAUGCCAGAUAAAUUCAGCACAGAUUAACCCACGCCAGGAAGGAAGUCAGGCACAGACACAAAAUAAAUCAUCCAGUUUCUUUUCAAAAUAAAACAUGUUUCAGGCUGAUCGUAUUUCACACCAUGCAAACAGGCGGGGACGAACAAGUGAAAUGUUAAGACAGCAUUACACCUCAAUUACACCAUGCAUGAGAAGAUGCUGAUUUUAGAGGUGGAUUUCCUCCUCUGGAAGGACACAAUCUACUGCUUUUAUGGUUAUGUGGCUGUCUUUAUAGCGACAACUUAUUAUCGCACGAUUGCACGUGAAUCUGUGGGUUCUUGUGAGUUCUCGUGAUGACCACCACAAAAUUCGCCUAACAAACGGAUCCGGUAGGAAUUGGUGGACAGCAAAAAUUGCUGCCGUUCCGGAUUGGAGCUGUUCCGGAUGGGGUGGAAAUCAGGGGUUAGAGUAUCUUUAAAAUUCUGGGUGUCCAAUAUUGUAACUCCCACAACAUCAUCCAGUCAUAAACAACCACAGAGCACUCCAUCAGUGUAUCACAAGAAGUCACAAUUUCUAUAAUUCUCAAAUGGAAAAAUGUGUCAUCAAUACUUAGAGAACGACUCUGGUGCGUUUAGUAAAGUACAAAUUUAAAUGUGCAAUUAAGAACUCAAUAAAGCCUUUUAUUUAUGUAUAUUUGCAUUAAUAAAGCUUUAUGGAUUUGUAAAUGAUGGAUUGAAGGUUUAAACAGUGUUACGAGUCCCUUCAGUAUUUUCACAUUUAAUUAUUAGCAGCAAAACAAAUGAGAUUACUUAUUUAAAUGUCAAAGUCUUAUUUGAAUUAAAACUGAUCAGACAGAAAUGGAAAUUGUGAUGAACCAGUAGACAGUUUUAGUUACCAUGUUGCACUCUGCUUUUGUCUCUAUUGUUUUUAAAGUGUCACAAAGUUCCCAGACAGCGGCAGUGACAUUAUAAUUGAGAUUUUUCAUUUAACAAAAGAUUAAAAUGACUAAAAUAAGAUCAAACUUUCUGGCUUUGGAUGUAGACAGGGAAAAGAAAACUCCUCCAUCCACUCAGGAUUCAAAGUCUAACCUUUUGUGUUUUCUUGGAAGAUUUUGAGUCCUUAAUCUUUACCCGCCACCUCCUCUCCUCUCUCCAUCUCACUCCAGGUAUGACUUUGUGGAAGUAGAGGACCAAUCAGAGACCAGCACUAUAAUUUGGGGUCGCUGGUGUGGGCAGAAGGCUCCACCCAGCCUCAACUCCAAAACCAACACGCUCAGGGUCACCUUCAAGUCUGAUGACUACUUUGUUGCUAAGCCGGGAUUCAAAGUCUACUAUUCACUGCUGGUGAGUAUUUCACUCGGACAAACACACUUUACAACACUCUCACGCAGUUUUCUGGGACAUGACUCAAUGUUAUUUAUUAUUUUUUGUAGCACGAGGCUUAGAUAAAAUGCUUCCUCACUCUUGUACCAAUACUUGGUCAUAAAAGUGAGGGAUGGAAGGAUGAGAGGAGGGAGAUAGAUCGGGGGAAGAUAGAAGAUCUAGUAACACUAGUGGUAAAAUGCCAAAAUAUGUUAGACAACUUUUCUUUUCUGGCCCGACCACUCGAGAGCAGAGGAGAGGCAGACUUAUGGGGGAUGAGGGGAGGAUAGAGGAUGAGAGAGAGGUCUCUUAAAGGCUGUCAAAAAACAGAUAAGGAGAUUAGCUUUGUCAUUCUGUCAGGAAAAGGAAAGAAGAAAGAGAGACUCUGAUUCCAAGAUGUUCUCUCACCCUAUAAUCACGAGGGAAAAGAAAGAGCCAUGGAGAGAGACAGAGCGCAUUUUAAGAUGUUUCAUGGAUUGAUCUUCUAUGAGAGCAGAGGAGAAAGAGAGGAAGAGGCGUAGCAUCACAGACACACAGUUGAACUGUUGGCAUGGCUUAUUAUCUGAGAAAAUGGAGGGGAAUAAAGUGGCACGAGCAGAAAUGGAAAUGAGGGCGGGACAAAGAAGGAGAGAAGAAAAGCUUUUUUUUUUGUAUUACAGCUUCUGUGGAAACAUUUUUUAACAGCGCAAUUCAAUAUUUGUAAUUUUUCAAUGACUAAGUGGAUAAGAUCAUUGUUAUUUGGUUUAUUCAUUAUUUUUUAGAAUAUUUAAAACCACACAAACUCUCACAACCCAACUUGUUUGUGAGGCUUGGAAAAACACAAUUAUAUCGUAACGAAAAUGGCAAAACACAUGCAUGUUAUAAAAAUAUGAAAAGCUUUUUAAACCAUUUAUGGUCAUUUACACUGCCGUACUGAAAGCUUUAAAUUACAUGAUUGAAUAGUUAUUUUAAUUUUGAGUCAAAUAACGCAAAUAUAUUCUGAAAAUUAAUAAGGUUUUAAUUUUCAAAUAAGCUUUUUUAUCUUAACUCUGAUAACAAAUUGCAAUAUUAAGGGUAGAAAUGCUACUAUCACUUAUCACAGUUUGGGGACAAAGAAAUCUGACCAAGAAACAAACUGUGUUCAAGACUUUGGAGAAACGUACAAGACAAGGAGGACACCCCAAAAAAUAAGAAUCAAAGUCAAUGCAAACUAAAAGUUACUCACAGAAGCUUUGCCUGAUGAAAAACUUUCCCUUUGUGUUGAUUUUGGCGCCCCCUGUGGAUAAACGGGGAACAUCAUAACAUUCCUAAUCCUGUCAUUAUUCAGUCAAGUACAUAUUUACCUCAUGGAUUGAAUAUGCGUCUGUAUUACGUUGAGAUAAAAUAAAGACACAGAUUACCUAUAUGUCCUUGGUUUCUGUGGCAACAACCAGCGAUAAUAUCAUAAAAGAGAAAUCUCACAACCACAAACUGUGUGUUUGUGCCUGCUUUAAAGACUUCAACCAAUUAUAUUACAGAGCAACUUCCCCGGGUUUAGCCCAACUUGGUUAUCUCUCUGUUUAAGACUGAUUUUUUUCUGAUAUUCCUUUUUUCUUUAUUUUGUCUCCUUUGGUUAAAUAAUCACACCUCUCUGUACAUUUUAAACAGAAUCUACCUCCUGGGGCUUGUCUUAUUUGAUCCAUUUUACCAAUUUUUCAAAGAACUCCUGUGUCUUAGUGUGUUGUUGUUGUCUACGCAUUUUUUUACACAAAGACACAAACGGGCACUCCCGCACCUUCCCUUCGGCUAGACCAGAGUUGUGUGCGCGCGGCUUAAUUUAGCCGGUCUAAUUUGUUCUCUCCAGACCUGUCGAACAGAUAAGAAGGAAGAGGAAGAGAGGAGGAAGAGAGAAGGAAGGAAGAUGCAGAGAGAGAGAGAACGAGGAGAUGCAGCAUUGGAAGGAGAGAACAGGUGUCUAAGAUGGUAUCAGCGUGUCAGCUAAUGACUAAAACAACCUGAGCUGAGAGAGGCAGAGGGAAAAAGAAGGCAGUGAAAGUGGAGGUCAACUGAAUUAAAGAAAAAUCAGGGGGUGAAGUAAACCAGUCUUAAAGUGAAAGAGAAACGUAGAGUACAGUCAAGAGGGUGGACACUAACAAGAGCGAAAUACCUUGCAUCACUCCUGCAGCUUUUUUAACUUAACUUUUUUUCUUUUUGUAUUCAUGACAACUGGAAAGGGUGCUUUUUUGUAUUAUGCAACUAUUUAGAUUACAUAAAGCUUAGAAACUCUGCAUAUUUUGGGGCAUAGUCACUGUGAGCAGUGGGCAGGCUGUCUGCCAUGUGUCAUACAGCUAAUCCUGUCACUAAAAUUAGCCUCUGAGCUGUGUUUGGGUUAUUAGUCUAAGAACUAACACGACCUUUUGGGAUUUUUCAGUGCAAACGUUGGAUAAACUUUAUAACAUGCUUUUUCUGGUUAUGACAGAAAUUCCAAGAAGUCUAAUUUCUGAUUACAGAAAAGCAGCAUGAUGUUGAACGUUGCUUUGAAAGGCAGUUGUCUAAAUUAGUGGUUGACGAUGUUAUUCAAGUUCACACACAAAUGAUUAAGCUUAGAGGUGAUGAUUGGUAAACAUAUAAGAUACAGAGGCUACAGUCUUCAUCACGACAGUCUCAAGUUCCUUGAUUAUUGAAUCCAAAUGCAAAGUUAGAGCUUUUGCCUCUUCAGGUUACUAAUUUAUUGAACACUUAUAUUUUUCAACACUUCUUCAAUCAUUUUCAUUCAGUCCUUUAACUUAGUAUCUUCCAGAAGUAGCUCAUUUUGCAAAACAAAAGCAUAGUUUUACAGUGUAGGAAAUAAAGCAAACUUAAUAUGAGAGAAAAAAAUCUAAAUAAUCUGAAUCAGAAUAAGCUUUAUAGGCCAAGUAUGUUUACACAAACAAGGAAUCUGUCUCUGGUCAAAAUUAGCCCUUUACAUACGAACAUUUAACAUGAAAUAUUAGACAUUUAACAUAUAGAUACACAAGUCUUGGCAGUAGUGCAAUGGUGAGAAGUGCAGGAAUGCUGAGUGAUUGUAAAAGAUAUACAUGCCAUUAUAUAGCAGGUGGGUUAGGGACUUUAUUACUAUACUUUAUUUUAACAUUAACAUUAAGAGCAAAACCAAAAUCUUUUCUAUGAGGCAAUGUCUCCAAAUAAAUUCCAGUUACACAGCAACUGAUGUUAUAAUUUGAACUGUGUGAUGACAUGUUAGUUUAUUAGUCAAACUUAUAGACUUCAUUUUUAUAAACAUAUAUAUUAUGCUAAUCCAUCCUUGUCUGGCCUAUUCUCGAUUUUACUCACAGUGUUGUUGUGAAUUUUCAAGUACUCCAUAAUCUUUUUGGAUUAAACAUUAUUAUGAUACAUUUAUGGCCUUGAUAAUCCUGAAGUGAGACUCUGAUAUCGUUACAGCCCUAUUCAUCAUUUUCAUUUUUGAACUGAGUCAGGCAGGUUGUGUGCUUCGAUAGAUUCAUAAAACUAAAGUUUUAGGUUUAAAAGUCAAGAAAACCCUGCACUAUUAUAUAGUAGGUAAGAGUACCAUGGCAAUAAAGGAAGGAAUGAUUACCAUAAUUUUCAUUCAGAUUGAUUUUCAGUCUCCUUCACUUGUGAGCUGCCCAAAGCAAAAGAAAUACAGCUCUGAAAACUUGGAGGCAAGCAUAAUUAUAAUUUGCUGUCUGCAUGAAUGGCUAAAGGCUCUGACUGACACACCAAAGUUCUUAACAGUGUGUGAAAUGUGUGUUCUUGACAACCAAUGAAAUAAAAGACUGAGACUAAAUGAAACGCUAAACGAACACAAAAAGGACAUUUUUCUCAGGUUUGGUAAAUCUACAUCUCUGUGAAUCCUACGCUUACAUGUACAUGUGGGACUUUUCUGGUUUGUUUUGAAAAACUCCCUCAAAUGCUCACAAGCUGCAUUAUCUGACUUGCAAGCAGCAUGCAUGUCGGUUGUGGUAAAUCCAACUUUGGCUGCUUUAGAACAAAGUGCUUUAGCAACUCUGCGAGUCUCAGUCUUACUCUCAUGCUUUUAUUCAUGAGUUGCAAAUUGAGUUGCUCAGUUCAUUGUUCAUCUAAAUGUGAGCGAAGUCAAUGAACGCGUUCAGGGACAAUGCAAGUAGUUGAUCCCACAGCGGCUCUGCCCAUCAUUCAUACAGCAAUAAUAAUAAUUAUUAUUAUUGUUAUUACUGUAGAAAAAGAUAUGUAAAUAAGAGGAAAUGGGCUUUGAAAGAGAGGGUUUUUUUGUCGUUUUUAAAAACAUUAAGUGGUCUGUGGCACCUUCAGAUGGUUUAAUGAUGUUUACCUUUUUAAUCCAUUAUCAUCAUAUCCAAUCAACGUCAUUAAGCUUCCUAAAACCCCAUAACUUAGCAACAGAGUCAAGCAAAAUCCAUUUAAUAUCUGAUCUUCAUGCAGUCUUGUUCCAGUGCUGCACAUCUUGGUCGUGUCGGUCUGAUACGUGAGAGGAAUGGUGUAGACUGACACUGUCCCACUCAUGCGUGUUUUACAACAACCUAUAAAGUAAAGGUGUUCUUUGAGGUGAAACAGGCAGUGUGAUUUAUUAUUCCAGGCUCUGCUCUUUAUGACCUUUUACAGCUGCUCAUUAGUUUGAAGUGCUAUAGGUGUUCUUAUUCUUCUGGAGGGAGCCACUUAAUGCGGCCUUGUCUGGUUUGACAGCUAAGUGGUCUUCAAAAGAGGUUACUAAGUUACUGAUUAGAAAAGCAGUGGAAUUGAUACCUUCAAACGGUUCACGUAAUUAUUUGGGAUUCAUUUUAUUCAGGAGUUGAGAAGGUGUAGAUUCAGGAACCUCUUUGCCAUCCCUAAGUACUGUAAAGAGUUUGUGGAUGAAGAAGCUGAAUCUACUGGAUUGAAAUCCAUAGAUAUCUGCCUAUUUUAUCUCUCUGUAUCAGUAAACACCUGAGUGAAGCAUCUCUGACAGUGUCGCCACAUAACAGUAGACGUGACAUUUAGUCGUUGCUUUUCUCUGAAAAUCAGUUCAACCAUUGAGGGAUCAGUGCUUGUGAGAGUAUUGAUUGAUACAGAUGAGAAAGCAAUGUCGAUAACUUUCACAACAUCUGCCAAGAGUCAUUGAUAUUAUCCUUCCUGUACAAUCAUCACUGAGUGUAACAGGGAAUAAUAGUGGACCAAAUGGCUACAAAACCUCAGCUGUCAUGUUGCAAUGCACUAUCACACAAUAUCACAGCUUGCUUUUUGAAUAUAUAAUGUAGAUAUAAAGAAGUAAACAAUGGUGCAUGAUAAUGGAAAGAAAUUAUAUUUUAAGUUUUGAUAAUUUAAGAUUGUUUUCAAAUUUGCAGCUUUCGGCAAGAUUUAAAAUGGUUUUGCCCAACCUUCACUGCGUCAGUUUAUGAACUUUUACACCAAACAAUCUGUGAAAAUACGUUUAUUAAUUCUGAGGUUGGACCACACCAUCUUUUUCUAACCGAGGAUUCAGUUUUCAGAAUUUCUUGCUUUAAAAAGAACUUUGGGUGAGUUUUAAUAGAUGGGAACCUAAAAUGACCUAACAUCCGAUACAAAAGAAGAACUUGUCCCCAUUCUACCCACCCCACAGAGAAACAAAAGACAAGCAUCUGCAGGCAACACUCCAGUCAAACAGAGACCUUACUCAUUAUUCAUGUCACUGCUUUUCCUCCAAAAUCAUCACUCUUUGAUCCUUUUUAAAUCUUGUUUUCAGCGGGUGAGCUUCGUCAUCUGCGGUGCCGGCUUACAUGAAGUAAUGAGUGCUUUUGAUUGCAUAGGAUUAACAUUUAAGGAGCUAUUUGGUUAUAAAGACUCAAACACUCUUUAAGUGUAAAACUCUGUCCUCUUAGACUUCAGAACCUCAUCAGUCUUUGGCUGCUUCAAGUAUAAAUUUUAUUUAUUAUUGUCUGACAUCAAACAAAGACCAGUAACAUAUUUUGAGUGGGAAGACCUGGGAAGUGUUGUUCAGCUUGGCACUGCAGGGAAAGACUAUUGAUACGGAAAUAUGAUCCAAGUUAGUUCCCAGAAUCCCAUUCUGAGUCAUUAGAGGUGUGCUUCCCAGACAUGGAGUCUCAUCCACGUAAUGAUGGAAAACAACACAUGUUACAUGUGUUACUAUUCUAGAUAACAAACAGCAUCAACCACGUAGCUCACAGAAAAUGUGUUUUGACCCUGUAAAAAGCUAUAGAGUAAUAGUGUGAUGAUCUCUGGUACAGUGUUUUAAUGGAUUUUUGAGUUUAACCACUGCUGCUGUAUAUUUAAAUACAGCAAAGAUAGAGUAAAUUUUCACUAAAUUUAAGGUAAAAAUUAUAAAGUUAAAGAUGUUGAUUCGCCAGCUGAGAUAGAGCCUUUUAUCUGCUCCACCUUAAAUUAACAGAUAUUUAGAUAAAGAUGAGAAAGCAGAAUAGCCUUGUGAUCUAUCUUCUAAAUUAAAUGCCCCUGAAUUUCAGGGAGUAAACUGGUUAUAUGCAGUACAAGCAGACAGUAAAAAUGCUCUGGCCUCCCUCACCAUCUACCGCGCACUUAAUCUUCAGCUGUUCCAGCGUCCAACUGUACAAAAUGGAGGUCAAAGAGGUCAGCUCCCAAGUGUCCCCUCCACAAGACUGCUUCAGUAAAUAAGAUUGUGUUCCCCAUCACUGGCAAAUAUGGUCACACAGCACCAGUGCAAGACAGUGUGAGGCAGUGGAAUAAAAAAAAAGCGUCCUUCUAACAUGAAGUGUUGAAUGAUUUCAAUAAUUCAGAGACAUUAGAGUAAUUGUAACUGCGAAUUUCUACUGGAAUGUUUUACUGUAGAUGAAAUCUGUAAUUCCUUGUUUUUCCUGGUGUGCCAAUUUACAAGAUUGCUUGGGUAUGUGCAGCGUGACCUGCAUUAAACAUAGAAAGUUGCACCAGACAAGUGCCACAUGACUAAGGUUGGGUUCAUACAAGGCAAACUGAGACCUGAUUUUGAAGUCAAGCUAAAUUUCACGGCGAUCACGCUGCAUUUACAGCAUACUGGGGGGACAUGAGGGCCAAUCAAGGCCUGAUCAGCAGCUCAUUUUCUGAAGUGAAAAUCUGGCCUGCCAGCGAUUUUGGUCAACCAACAGUUUACUCUUGCAUGCUGAAAGUAGAGCCACAAGCCCAUUUUUCAGCAUUUUUCUUUCUGAUUGCACCUGUGUACAAAAUGACAAGAGUCUGAAAUUAUGGUGACACACAAUGCAGUCUGGACUGAAAAUAAGGAGUAAGAGGUUCUACUGACCUUUAAAACUGGGCGUGUUGCAUAAUUAUGAUCCAUAGAAAAAUUGACUGUAAGGGGCCCUACCUGCACUUGUGGCCAUUCAACUUUGGGGGCCCCUCUAGAACAGGGGUGGGCAAUUAAUUUUUACAUGGGGCCACAUAAGAAACCUUAACUGUGUUGGAGGGCCAAAGCAACAAUAACUUCAACUUCAAAUCAGGGAGGUUCACACAUACAGAAAAGCAAGCCAAAAUAAGCAACUACUGGCUAAAAAUAAGCCCAGAAAAGCACACCCGCGAGUUUUACAAGCAACUUCUGAGAGAAACAAGCUUAAAGUCUUUAAUAAUAAGCGGACUUGGCAACUCUAAGGCAUCUAAGAAUAUUUUGCCCAUUUUAAAACUUGUCUCUGUUCACGAUUGCAGAUCUAGGAUAUACGCAUGUCCAAACGGAAAUAAAACAACGGCUAGGUUUUCAAAAUAAAAGCAACACACUUUUAUAGCAUGUUGAUGAUUUGAUUGACGGACCUCACAAAGGGCUGCACAGGGACAUCCAAAAGAUGUGGCCCUCGGGCCAUAAAAUGCCCAGGUCUGCUCUAGAAUGAGGGCCCCUUAUUCUGUACCUGACCCUAGUCACCCGUGAUUUUUGUUUUUAGCUUCUUAAAUAAAUCUUAUGAACAUCCACACAUAGUAUUUAAAUGUUAGUGUCAACUUGAAUUAAGCAAGAUAAUGUACAGUAUACAGGGAGUGGGUGGUUAUGAAUAGAUGCAUUCAUGGUGGACGAGACCUCACCUAUCCAUCCUCCCUGUUGGGAUUCUAUAUCAGUAUCAACCCACUCACUAUACAUGAUCCAUCAGAUACUAAUACAUCCUUUUUUUGGUUGGGAAUGAGAAAAAAAAACAGCGGCUAAUGGAAAAGUCAAAUGUUGUUGGACUGGUUUGAAAGAUAGGCAUGCAUCAAGGUUAAAUCAGCAGAAGUAUGUUUGCAUUUUUGAUUUUCUUUCAACAAAUGCAUAUUUUAUAAAAGCCACUACAUGAAAACUGUCACAGAGUUGUUAAAUAUUCAGUUUAGAGAGCUUCACUGCCCCCGAAGGGAAAUCUGAUUGGCUGCUGGUGGUACAAAAACAGUAUAGAGUACUAUGGGGCAUCAUAGUGGCAAACAACCAAGACAAGAGUGGCAGCUGUCUUUAUGCUCAAGUGUUUUUGCCUCUAAAGAUUAUGUGAUCAUGUCUGAUAAGCUUUUUCCAACCCUAUUAAGUGUCCCAGAUGUUCCUGACAUGGAGCAUUUCACCGUAAAAGGAAAUGAGACAAGGACUCUGUAAACAUGCAUUUACCACAUACACACACACACACACACACACACACACACACUUACACACGCCCUUACAGGAAACCUCCUGACUUCAUUCACAGCUGGUUUGGGUGUGUGUUCAAGUACAUGAGUACAUUCAUCCAAAGGCCACAUGCACAAAUCUGUGAAACAAAAACCUUUGCGCACCGACACACUUUGAUGUCAGCUCUAUUACAUUAGCAGACACACACUUACACACACUGAGACAAAGUGAGCACACUGUGUCUUUGAAGUGCGGUCGAGACAGAUUAACUGCUCCUUAUUGACCGGAGGUGGUAUUUAAGACUCUUGAAGAAGAGGGAUUCAAUGGCCAGGGAGGUUUUAUAUGUGUGUAGUAAAGAAGGUGAUGCUAGAGACGGUGUUUGUUCAUGUGUGUGAAAAAGAGAAAUACAAAGAAUGUGUGCAUGUGUGCCAGAUAUGUCAGUCUGAUGAGUCCUUAUCCCCUUAACAUGCUUCGUCUGAUUGUCUCCUUCUUUCUCACACACACAUACACACACAUACACAAAGGCAUGUGGUGCCCAGCUUCAUUGGAAAUUCUUGUGUGAUUUUCCAGACAUGCCGACAAUCCUCCAGUAAGACAGGCAGACACCUGAGUAUACCAGAUAACCUAAGAAGACGAGUAGAUCUUCCCUGGAACCUAGCUGAAGUGUUUCAAAAAUACCAGCAUUAGACGAGUAGAUUUUAUGUAAGCAUUUGCCAAAAGGUAAAAAAAAAUACAGUUUUUCUUACCCAAUGCAAGUUUUAAGCAAUUGCAAACGAAAUGCAACAUCAAUCUUUAAUGUUAAGAAAGAAGAGGUAUAUCAACUUCAAAUACAGAAACAACAUAUUUCACUAUCCACCAAAAGUUGUUUCAUUUAUUUGUAUUGGUUCAUAGUUUGUUUGUUGAAUCAAUUAAAUACUGACUAUCUGCUCUCUGUUCCUGCAGUAUGACUCCCCUCUGCCUGCAUCCAACACCAACUGGGAGGCUGUCACCAUGCCAGUGUCGGUGAGUCAUUCUCACAGAUCUACGCUUUUUGAAACCCUGUAACACAGUCUGAAGCAUUGAUUUUUUUUUUGUUGUUGUUGUUUUUUACAUUAGACUCAAGAUGAUGAAACUUUUCAAUACGUCAAGCAUUUUCUAAACUUUUCAUCCUAUUUAGCUCAAACGUUAGUCUGUCCUGCUGUUGGAGUCAAGGUCCUCUCUCUCUCUGAACCGUGCCCACCGGUCCACUGAAACCACACAUUCACACCUCCUUAUAUGGUGUUUGUUGUCUAUUCAUUGGUUGAGACUUAAGGCUCAUUUAUGCCAUACGUGUGAAAAUGUACGUGUCCAUUUCAAAUGAUUGGUCCAUCAAAGCCCAGAAACUUCCAUGCCUCCUUUAUAUUGGUAUGGAUGUUAACUAUUACAUCCACCAGGAGGCAGGCCGGAGUCAAAAGUUUCUGACAACAAACAAAAAGAAAAAUGGCGACUGUGGAGGAGCUAGUGAUAUUGUAUAUUUUGCAUGGGGAGACAGAAACAGCAGCGCUGGAGGAGGCGGUGGUCAGUCAGGCCACUAAAUGCCUCCCGGCUGAAGGACGAAGAAUUCUUUUCUGUGGUAGUACCGAUGAAAGAGAUUGACGAUGAUCGUCAUUUUCAGUACUGUAAUACAGUGCGUAUUGGGUAGUGACAUCAGUAACACUGCCCCAGCGGUUUCUGGUGGUACUGCUCCAUCUGGCCCGUAUCCGUAAACUUCAAGGAUACAUGCAGAAAGAUGGACAAAAAGAACGUCAAGCACGGACUCUCCAUCUGUGUCCAGAUCCAUAUGUAACGUUGAGCAUAAAUAAGCCAUUAUACUGAUCAGUGACUGGCGGAAGUGCACAGUAACUUCACACUUGAUACGUAUUCCUGAACUUAAACACUCGUCUACGACCAAAAUCACAGGGUUUUGCUUUGUGUUCAUGAAUUUAGGCUUUUUAUGUGUAAAUCUAUACAUUACUGAUGUUUCAUAGUUGAGACCCAAUAAGUUUUAAAUGUUCCAUAAAUUUAAGUUUCCAAACUUUUCUCUACAAGUUGACUGUUCACACUCAAGUGGACUAAUCUGCUGCUUGCUGGAGCAGCCACUGCAAUAAUUAAAAAGAGGAAGUUAAGAAAAAUGGUGUGUCUGUUCUCAUAACAGCAAGGUGUCUGUAUGGUGAAAUAGCUCAAACAAGAGCUGUGAUCAGUCUUCCAUAGCUUGAAUCAUGACCCAGCAAUGAGAAAAGAAGUGGAGCUCAAGUUAAAAAACAACGAAACUUUAAAAUUUAAUAAUAACUUGCAGUUUUCAUGUAAUCGGUUUAUUCAGUGAUGAAUGAACGCACAUGGGUGGGUGUGAAGAGUGAUUUCAAUAUUGUAUAAAAUAGAAUAUAGCAAUAGUGAGCUUCUUUUGUCAUUGAUGUACAAGUUGGCCAAAAAAAAAUCAAGAGAACUGAAAAAUUGCUUUGAAAGAUGCACAUUGUCAUCCUGCUUUGCUGGUUUCUAGUUAAGCUCUUGAAGACAGGAGAAGGCUGCUGAAGCUGUUGAGUUGAGUGUAGUAUGGCAGUGGCUCUAAGUAGUGGGCUAUGUGCUGUUUCAUUUACUACGUGCUGCACCAAGGCACAAAAUCAAAUUGCAUGAAUUCAAGGAAGAUUAAUUUUCUUUUUUUAUUAUUAUUUUGGUUUGUUUUCAAUGAAUAUUUUUAAACUUUGUCAUUUUAGCUCAACAAUUGGUAUUUGAUUUAUACAAAUUGCUGACAUGUUAUUUUCUGCAUCAACAGAGGCUACCAAAGCUCCUUUAAUUUAUGCAAAGCAACACACCUUUCUGAAAGACUACAUUCUGCUUUAAUUUAUGUGGUGAUUUUCACAUCCAUUUAUGUUCAACUCGGAAAAAAAGGUGCAUGAAAGGGAUAGUACUCUUUUUUAAAUCAAUCUUGAAGACGUGUACUUCAGCUCACAUGUCAAACUAUGCACUGACACUUUUUUUUUUUAAAUGAAAUAUGUUUGCCAAACAGAUGUGUGUGAUAUUUAAAAGACAUUGAAUCUACUCGCUUGGAAGGCUGUUAUCUCACAUAAUUGUCUACUUAAACACCCCGACAACAAUGCGGCUUCACUAAUGGAUAUCACAUAUGGUCCAUUUGCAUAGGCUUAAACAUACCCACGCACAGGAUAAAUUCAUGCAUGUAAAUACCCAUCUUUUAUGCAUGAUAGUUGACAUGUAAAACGACAAGCUUCCUUAGAAUAAUGUUUUUAUAAGUACAGCAGUAUAAUUUGUGUGGGCCUUUAGUUCAGUGACAUGUGUAACCAUAAUGAUAUGAGUGCAUUGGGCUGUGUGGCAGUUUUUAUGCAUGGGCUGAUUAUGGUCAUGUGUGUAGGUGUAUAUUUUCUGCAUGCAUGUGGAUAGAGACGUUCUUGUCAGGGCAAAUGGGAUGUGCGUGUAUGGUUUGUUAGUUUCUCCCUCUCAUACUUAAAUGAUGACUUUAAAUGUUUUAGCUUCUCGAGUUUCCUUCUCUGUAGCCGUCUGCUGUAAGCGCCUCAAUUGUUUUUGCAACUUCAAACAGUCCUAAAGAAGACAGUGAACAUAGUCAGUACAUACUUAGGUUAUGAGAGACUGAAGGGCGGUGGUUGCAGGUGAGAGCGUGCAUAAGUUUGGCGAGCAGAGGGAAAGGCGUUAAAGUGGUUUAUGAAUUACAAACCAUGAAGUAAAAGGUGAAUAAUUAUGUGCAAUUACAGCUUCUAUUCAUGACAUAGACAGAAAUUCCUAUUGAUGUCUUUUUAGCAAACAACACCAUCAUUGACAUGACUGACAAUUUCUAUGUCCUACUUUUCAAUGCCUGUAACUGGUACAAGGGGGCAUGCGUCAGUCUUGUUGCUGAAGAGACAGCAGUUAAUAUAAAAAUAUUCACAAUCAAUGAUACACUUGACUGUCAAAGGUUAUAAGCCUUCGAAUGUUAACUCUAGCAGAGAAAUCUUUGAAUUAGUCAAACUCUAAAGGGUUCCUGGAACAAAAAGAUGGCACUAUGAAAAUAGGUAAGAUUACUGUACACGAAGAGAAUAUUUUAUCACAGGAGUUUAAGCUACUUGAUAAUAGAUUAUCUCCAAAAUGAACCGAAACAGCAGCAUAUUGCUUAAAAUAAAAGGAUUACAGGUUUUAAGAGAGAACUAAACAUCCAAAUCUACAUUGUGGAGGAAGAUGCGGACUGACAUUAGGUCAAGAUGUCUCCUUGAAAAUCUGUUUCCCAUUUCACUAAAAGCUCUGUCUUUGAUGUUUAGCAGGAAUCUCUUAAAUGUCUGGAUGUAUCAAGAGGAUUCUGAGUCAAUAUGACCUGAGGUGACUGCAGCCUCUGUAUUUUUCUCUCUCUUUGUUGCAGUGUGGAGGUUAUCUGUUGAUAUCUCCAAAUAUCAUCCUGAUCAUCCUUGGAUAUCUUUUCAAUUCUCGUAAAGAAAUAGUUCUGACCUCUUAAUCCUAGCACAAGUUAUAACUGCAGAAUAAAGAAAAUAUUCUUGAAACGAAACCAUGAAAAUUGCCGAGACUCCACUAAGUGUAGAAAAUUGACAACCCUGGUUCUGUGCCUACAGGUAUUUCAUUUUAAUUUAACAAUCCCAACAGUUAGAAAAAAAAGCUUACAGCCUCGAUCAUGUUUACCUUUUUGUUUUUUUGCAGGACAGCGGUGGAGGCCAGAUGCCAACAGCUGUCACAGAGGUUCCUUUCACAUUGGAUGAUUUGGACCGGACCAUAGCUGCCUUUGACACUGUUGAACAGCUCUUUAGGACUCUAAGCCCUGACACGUGGAGACAGGACCUGGACAGUAUCUACACUCAAACACACAUACAUUACAGAUCCAGAGCCUAUCACCUCGCAAGCAGACACAAUAAAGGUAAGAUGAACAUCAUUUUCAAAAGCAUAAACACUUAAGUAUAAACACAGAAGAGAUUACAGAAUACAGUGUAUGUUGGGGGUGGGAUUUACUAGUGGCCCCACGAUACGAUAUUAUCACGAUACUUGGACCACGAGAAGAUAUUAUUGCGAUUUUUAACAUUUUGCGAUACAGUGAGUGCUGCAAUACAAUAUAUUGCGAUUUAAAUUUUUUUUUAUCUGUUUGGCAUUUGUUCAUAUAACACUUCUUGCAAACCUUACAUAUAUGUUUGUUGUAGUAACUUUAUUCUGUUGAUUUUAUUUUUCCAUUAUCAUAGAUUGGACUUCAUAUUAACAAUUAAUUUGAAAAAUCGGUACUUGGUAAAUGAGACGAUAUGAUAUAUCACCAGACAAAAUAACGCGAUACUGUGCUGUAGUGCUGGGCGAUAUGGAAAAAAAUGUAUAUCACGAUAUGGAUCAUUUUAUAUCACGAUAACGAUAUAUAUCACGAUAUAGCUAUGGUAUGCUUUCAGUUCUAUGAAAAAUUUAAGUGUAUACAGCUGCACUAGUACAGUACGAGUACAAGACCAGCACUUACAACUAGAAAAUUGAAUAAAUAAAUACGUGGCCCAAGUGCAUUCAUGUCUGUGCUCACCCAAAGUUAUGCAACACUCACAGAAAACGCUGAUAGUGUGAGCCAAAGCACUCCAUAAUAAUAAUAAUAAUAAUAAUAAUAAUAAUAAUAAUAAUAAUAAUAAUGAUAAUAAUAAAUUUAAUUUGUAAUGCACUUUACAUUUACAAAAAAUCUCAAAGUGCUACAGUACAGAGUAAAAAAAGAGCAGCAACAAUAAAAAAGCAAUAGAAUGACAGUCACAGAUUGGCAUAAAAAAAGAAUUAAAAAAAAUAAAAAAUAUAGAGUUUCAAUGUAAGAGGCAAGGUAGUAAAAGCAUAAAGGAAAGCUAACCAAAGGCUUUAUUAAAAAGGUAGGUCUUUAGGGCUCUUUUGAAGAGGUUGUUCACACUGCUAGAUGUUUCUCCUCCAAAGCUGCUCUCUGCCUCCAUCAUUGUUUACUUUACUCUUGAAGCACGUAGCAAGACCCGAGCAUGAAUCCGAGCGCUUUAUUCGCCUAUCAGGGGCAGACAGGUAAGGUGAUUUGAUUCACCACGACUCCAGAAAUGAUUGAAAAACUACAGAAUGUCACAAAAUUACGUUUCCUCGCUGCUGGCUUGAAGGGUACAAAUGCGCAGCCGCGCUCCCAGCUGACAGGAAGUCAAACCACUGUUGUAGUUCUUUUGUGUUGCUAGCGCGGUCAAGAGUGUUGGCUCUCACUGAGAGAUGACUACAAAAAUGGACGCACCUGUUCAUCUGGUUGUUAAACACGGCUGAAAAUGAUCAUCUUUUAAUGUUGUUCCCGCUCCUGCCCACUCCCGUUGCUUUUUUCCCGUCCAGUCCCGAUCAAGGGAUUCAUUAAAAAAUGAUUCCCAUCCCGUGGGAUUCCCGCGGGAAUCACGUGACCCACGGGAAUUCCCGAAAAAUGUCAUCCUCUACAGGGAAGGUCCCGGAGCAGAUGAAACAGGUGCCGGAACGGCUGAAAUAGGUCCCGGAUCCGAUCAAAAGAGGUCCCGGAUCGCGCUCUGACUUGCUCCGGCACAAAUUAAGCACUGCUUACAAUGAUCCCCUCACGUGUGUAACUCAGGUAACCCGCAACGGCGGGAGACGCUGGACACGAAGAGGGCACGUAAAGCGGCGUCAUGUCGCAAAAUCGAAAGAGAAAUGCGAGCCUACAUGUCAACGCAUCCUUUUCUUUGUAAGAAAAUAUUGUUUUCUUUCCCGUUCGACACCAAAUACACUUACUGAAUGUGCAAAUAUUGUUGUUGUUACUAUGAAUCAUCUGAUGGCACAAGCCCUAUGGAUAACAUACAGCCUAUCGCCGAAACGAUAAAAAAAAAAUGGCACGAUAGACAUUUUCUAUCGUGCCCACGAUAUUUAUCGUCCUAUCGCCCAGCACUACUGUGCUGUAUCGAUUUUUUCUCCCACCCCUAGUGUCCCGGCCUUAAAAAGUAGUUUUACAUUAAAACCUUUACUACUCUGAGACUUGAGUUCAGAUAGUAUUUACUGUUCGCUUAAGUUUAAAUAAACAAAGAGUGCAGCACCAAGAAAAAACGUAUUUGGGGCAGUUUAUUUGUCACAAGUAUUCCAAAAAAGUUUGACCUCUAACCAGAAGAAAUCAGUUUAAACUUUGAUUAAACUUAUUCUGUUGUGUAUGAUUGGUGCUGAUGCAGAGCUGUGUGUAAUGCAAGGUUGUAAAAUGUAACAGGAAACACAAGUUAUAUAAUGAAGCUCAUUUAGACUGUAAGUUGUUCAGCUAUUAAUAUCAUCUUUCCUUUUGUCUUGUACAAUGAAUAGAGCAGAAAAAUAUAUCUUAUUUAUGUUUGUAUAUUGAUGCUAUCUUUCUGUUAUGCAUAAAUUAAACGUUAAAAAGAUUUAUUGACCUUUAAUCAGAUGCAAACUCAAAGCAGAUUUAAAUAUCUUAGAAUAACAAGUGUUUACAAGAACUGUAUUUUAUAUAUAAGAAUACAAGGGUGUUAAUAUAAUUGAGCUUUGUGGGUGGAAGGCUGGAAUUUGCAUGUUUACUUGGUAAGCUGAGUGCUGUGCUGUUUAUUACAUAGUGCUGCAGAUAGUCGUCCUCAGCCAAAGAGCUGCAUUCACAGCAUUUGCUGCAAACCGCUGCAGAGGUUGGUGUAAUAGAGGGGAAGGGAGAGCGUGCGGCCUUGUGCUGACAGACAAAGACCCAUGCAGCAGGGGGCCAAUUCCCACUCAUUGGUCUUUUCAGGAAACCCAGUGGUACAGCAUCUGGAGUGGACAAGGUCUAUUGUAAAUCUAGGUCUAAAUGAAAUGAUUAAUCACUGUUGUAAUUAUGUAAUCAAACCUCAUUGUUGCCUUCUCAUCUAAUGUAGAACAGGCAUGAAUUGUUUCAUAUGCAGUUGGAACCACUUUUUUCAGCCAGUGACAGAUAAGGCAGAAUUAGGCAAUGACAUGUGGUUAUGUAUCUCUGGACUUCUGUAUACAUACAUAUAACAUCUGUCCCUCCAAUAUACUUGUCAUACUUACAACGCUUUAAUCAAUCAGAGUCCAUAAUUAUUUUGACCGUUGCUCUUUUUUAUUGGUAGAAUACCCAAAUCAUUAAAAUACUACAUCAUAUGUUCACUACCACCAUGUAUACAUGAUGAGUUUGAUGUGUCAUCUACUGUCAUCAAAAGCUUGGUCUUUAUCUAAAUGUUAGUGAGAAGUUCACCUGUUGCCUAUAGCCGUGUUUAUUUCUCACUUACAAAGUGAUGGCAGCCGUACUGUUUGGCUAGCAAUACGCGUCUAAUAAUGCCAGCUCUCAUAAGCAGAAUGACAGUGAGAUGAGAAGGACAGACUUGGACUUUCAGUUGGGGGAAUGUUCUGGCAGUCCGUGUUGAACACAACAGCAGGCAGAUCCUACACUGCCAGACUGAUAUCCUGAAUCCCAUCUGACAACCAUUAAUCUGUCUCUACAAUCAGACAUCUGUAAGCAAAUCCAGAACUCAGUGUCUUCUGGAUCAAAAUUUUAACUCGAACAUCAGAUCUGCUCGAUUCUGUGUCACAACAGACAAUCAGUGUUCUAAUUUGCCAAACUUGACACACUUCGAUUGUAAAAACAGAUUAUCCUUUAGGACCAGGAACCUAGGAGACAAAAACCACAUUACUCGGCUGGUUGGAAGUAGUUGAACGCUGACUGUUGUCUGCACCAGUUUGACUGAAAGCCAUGUAGUAUUAUCAAAUAGUGAUGGACAGUGAUUGCAGACAGAUCCUGAGAUUGAACUUAACCAAACACAAAAAGGGGAAAGAUUUCAAGAUGAAAUUGCAGUUGAAUAAACCAAGAUGUGAAAAUAACUUCUUAACUCCCCUCUCUUGUUUUCUGUUUUCACAUAAGAUCAGUGUGAGAUAUGAAACCAGCUAUAGAUGCAACAAUGUAAUGCACUGUAUGAUGACUGCGUUAUUGUAUCAUCCAAUGAACCGUUUGCCCUCUAACGGGUCUCAUCAAGAGUCAAAGUAAGAUUUAAAGUGACAGGAGACCAUCGGUUCAAGACAGUAUUUCACUGUGGGGUUAGUACCAUCAACCUGGAGUCACUGAGAUAAUAGACCUUGGGCUUAGAAGAGAUUAAAUAAAGAUACGUACACCCUUAUCACCCAUGUCACACAAUGAGGAAGGUACGUAUGUGGCUAAUUCAUAGAAGCAUUCACGUUUACCAAAACCCUGAGUCUCUCACCUAUCACCCCUCCACUUUCUUUGUAUUUCUACCCUCGGUGUCCCCCCAUUCCAAAUCCUUGCGCUUGACAGCAAAUCCAUCUCUAUUUAUCAGUGCAUGCGUGAGCUGUGCUAGCAUGAAUAGAUGCCGCAUAUAGGGACUGUACGUGCGUGUUGCAGCACUUUAAAAAAGGUGUAUAGGUGCUGCUGCAGGUCUUUCAUAUACUGUACCAGCGUAGCUCCCUCUAAUUGGAAAUUCAACCUGUGCAGCAGAGCAGAAAUCCACCACAGUCAGCAGCUUAGCUUUGUUUUCAUUAAGACACACACACACUUGGUGGCUCACACCCACCUUUGUUCCCAUGAAGGACAGUAAGCCUGAUCGUAAUAUUAAUUGGUACACUUUUAAGUCCAAGUAACUAAGGCGUAUUCAGGCUUAUACAGUAAUGACUUUGCACAGAAUGAGCAGAAUAUUAUCACACAGCAUUUAUACUCAACUUUUUUCACGUUGCUGUCAGUGUGAGUGACAUCUCAGUCUCGCUUUCACUUCAUCUUUCCAUGUUUUCUCACCCACACCCCAUGACAAGCUUUCACGCCACUGCUUUUCUAAGAUUACACUGAUUCCUCCAAAGGACUGUUGGCUUGACCCUUCAAACACACAGCUGAUAGAGUCAAGCAUGACCUCUGCCUUUGUCUUCCGUCAGACUGUAGAGAAUAUAGACCCUUGACCCACAAACACAUUGUGCCGCUUGUGUUCAGUGAUACAAAGCAGGAUUGAAUGUGGAGAGACAGAUGACGGGUCGUGCUUUUGUCCAAGGACCCUUACACCAAGCUUUGUAUCAAUGCUAGAGUUGUGAUCAAACAUCACAGAUGUAAGAGACACCUGGUAUCACUCUUGACAUCCUUGCAUCAACUUUGAAAAGCAGCUGCUUGAAAAACUGCCAAUUUGCUCUCCAGUAAAAUCUGAAGAAAUCAGAAAUGAUGGGUUCCCUGUCCUUUUUCGUUUUCUUGACAAAAAAAGUGACACAAGAAGAAAAAACACUUUCAUGAUUUGGCUGCAUGUAAAGCUAAGAGUAGUUGUAUUAUUACAAAGACGUGAAGGGUGGGCCGAGACCAUGAGAUGAUUUCUACACAAACCCAAAAUUGAUUGGGAAAAAGUUGCCUAUGCAUCAUUUUGAUGGCGAUGUGUGAGAUUUACUUGUUUUCCCUUAAAAAAGGCACAAGUUGAUGGAGACAGAGUUAUAUUGGCAGAGGUUUCAGGUGGUUUGAAUGAGGAACAACCGGGUCAGAGCAUACAUUUAGCUGUUUUAACUCUCCAGGUUUUAUUUUUUACUAUCUUUACUAAACUCUGUUUAGAUUAUCUUGAUUAAACUGUUUUGAUUGCUGCUGAACCAUGUGACUCUUUUAGAUUUUCCUCAUUUCACCUCUUAAUACCCACACAAAUGCAGAGAUUAUUCCCCUGUCCGACCUUUUAUUCGGUCUCCUGUUUAGCAGAUAUGCAUACAGCAUCCUCUGUCGCUGAGAGUGCAGGGAUUUCAGUGCAGUAUGAAAACACUUUCACCACUCUUUCACACUCUCUUCUGCUCUUUCCUACAGCUGACAUCAACUAAAAAAAAGCCAAGAUAAAAAAAAAUAUAUAAGUGCCCCUUCUUUGUUCACCCUCUCUUCUUAAAUGACCCAUCCCAUGCUUUUAUUGUUGUUGUUAAUCGCUCGCCCUGCUUCCCUCCUUCUGUGUCAUCGAUGAUAACCCCCACAGCAAAGAUUUCUUUUAGCAAACAAUUGCUUAUUGAUUAUCAAUGCCAUUAGGCUUCCCUUGACUCCCACACAUCUUUUUAGAUUCUCGCUCUUAUACAUAUUAUUGCAUGUCAAGCAAAUCUGUCACUGUUAAGAGUAAUAUGGAGGACAUGCAGUUUCCAAGGGAAUUCUAAUGCAUGACUGAUCUUUAUUGUUGCAUUGUUGCAGCGACGCUCGAAAAAGAGCCUACCUCUCUGAGCUACUCUGUUGUAGUUUACAGGGAAUAUUGAUCUUGACAAGUCCUUUAUUCUUGUACUGGGUCGUAAAAGCUCAUUGUACUUUAAUAAAGUGAAGAAUCUAGUGGUGCCCAAAGAAAGUUUCAUUUAUCUCCAUUCCAAAUUAACUCUUUAAAUCCCCUGGGAAGUGAGAAAAGGAGUUUCUACCUUUAUAAUUGUGCACUUUUUGUUUUAUUACCACACACUUUAGUAUCGGAUAGUUUGAAUACACUACAUAUUUAGAUCAAGACCCAUUUUAAAUGCAUUACUUGUAUUGUAUUCACUGGAAAAUGACUAUUUCAAUACACUUGUGCAGCAUAUGUUGCUCGGAUGUGUAAACUGUUCAAGUCACAGGCCAUUAUGCUUCUCUAUACCAUCCCAUUUGCUGGUUUUGGGGUUGUGCGCUUAAGGACUCUGAUGCAAUCUUAAAGUUGUUUGAUAUUUGCUCGUGCGGUCUCUCCCAGAGUGGUUAAUGUUCGCCUCUAAGAGACUCAGCCACUCUGAACAGGCCCUUUCAAUACCCAACCAUGUUACUAACCUAGCCAGUUACAAAGAAAAGGUCUGAGUAUUUUUAUUUUAUUAAGCACAAGUUUAUAGUUUCAAAUUUUAAUGUCGUCAUUGCACUAUUUUCAGCACUUUUUCAGCUGAGUGGAGGGUUCAGAUGUUCAACAAACUAUCAAAAUGUUUGUUUUUUUCUUUUCUUUUGUUUUUAAAUUCAAUCUACGUUAUUAUCUGUCCACACUCUUGAAAAUAAAGCAAAAUUCUUGAGCUUGGGGGAUCUUAAAAGGUUGAGGAGUCCUCUGGAGUCAUAGAGGUCUUUUUUCUUUUGUCAAUGAAAAGUGAAAGUAAGGCAGAUCUAAUGUUAAAAUUCUUUUUGAUUUAUGCCAUAUUUAAUAUUUUGUCCAUUUCUUAAUGCUCUUACUUCAAAUCCAACCUAUUAGCUGAUGCAAUCAUUUGGUACUACAUCUUUUUUGUCAGCUUUUAAUUCUUCAUCUUCCAUGCUGUCAUCUCUAGCAUUAAUCCAAGUGCUUAUAUUUCUAUUGAUUAAUCGAGUUCUUGACAGUACAGCAUCUCAUCCAGGUUGGAAGCCCAAGUUCUAUUUGAUAUCCUUCGUUCUGUGGUCCUGCACUUUCUCGUCUGAUUUGUAUUGGGUCUUUGCGGUAACAAUGCCAACAUCAAAGAAGAGAGUCAGACAUCCUGUUGAUUUCGGAGUCCUUUUUUUUGAUAGGUGAUAAAAGCUCAGCAGCUGCUUGCCUCAGCUGGACCUGGAUCUUUUAUUUGUUGGACCAUCUGGUGCAGAUCACUUCUUUUUUGGAAUAUGCUUGUCUCAUAGCAGCUGACAUGCACUCCAACCCAUUCUUAGUUCUUCCUUGAAACUUCCACUUGCUUUAAGAUGCGUUGCCAAAAUUAUAUUUAUGACAAUGUGGUAAUUCACUAUCAGUUAAAGAGAGGAGUUCUUGAAAGAAUAGAUUGAACUCUUCUUUUUUUGCCUUAAAGAGCGCCCUAUUCAGCAGAUAAGAGAAUAUACAGUUUUGCUUUGCCUUUCUUGGGUCGAUGCAAAGCAGCCUUGCAUUAAAAUACUGGUCAUUUCAUCGACCCAUACCCUUGUGUAACCACCAUCAAUGGUAUGGCCAUUGACGGUGAUAAUUACCUUGCUGGUGAUAAUGGUAGUGAAGACAGGAAUCAAUCAGCACCUGAUUGGUGUGACUCUCCUCUGUUCACUCUCUUACAUUUUUUUUUUUAGUUGCAUCCUUCAAACCACCUGAAGUCUCUAUGAUUUCCUUUCAGAGAACAGGCAAUCAAGAGUGACCAAAGAGCGGAAAUGCCUGUCAGUCACCCUUUGUCCGACAUGGUCACGCGGUUAACUCAAACCCUGGAUUCCUGUCAUUCAGUCUGAUCUCUAAUGCCAGUAUUAGGGGGACAAGAAAUAAAUAAAUACUGAUAGAUUUUGAUCACACAACUUUUCAGGCACUGCUGGUUUUACCCCUCUAGACCAGUACUCUGAUUCUCUCUUUCCCAUCAGCUCUUACAGUAGUCGCUUCUAAUCCCCUGAAAUUAGUUUUGAACCAUUGAAUAAACCCAAUGAACUGAGGUCACAUGUACACAUACAAGGUGAUUUUCUCUAAAGUAAUGACAUAAAGAAGGACUGAAGUCAAUACACUCAAUCUUCAAACAAUUAUAACCCCCCUCUUCCUCCCGUGGCCGGUAAUCUCAGUCCUCGUGUCUUGACACCUUCUUUUCCACACAGCUGUAUUCAUAUUCAGUAUUCCCCCAUCUUUCAACUAUUUCCAUUCAAUCAAUAUUAAGCAUGCUUUAGGAUCAAGACAAUGAACCAAGAUGGUACACUGUUACAAGAGAGCUUGAGUAGGGAGAAAAGGCAAAUAGUAAGAAGAAGACCUGAUGCAUUUGCUGCUGGUAUUUUCUCAUCUAUUGAAAAUGACAAUGAAAAAUUGCUGAUAUUUAGACUUUGGUGUGAAAAAAAUCCUCUUUGAACCACAACUUGGUGUUAAUAUAGUUGGUUUGUUACCAGGUAAUAAGCAGAAAUAGAUCAAGGAGAGAAAAUACUUGAUGAAAAACAACAAAGUGUUAUUUUUUCAGUAACCUCUAUGAAGUACUCUAAAAAUACGAAGAAAAAGAAACAACUUCCAGAGAAGCUUUACUAAUAAAUUGUUUUUUUACCUCCACUUUCUUUCAAACUGUCCAGUUGAUCUGAACCGACUGUAUGACGAUGUGAAGCGCUACAGCUGCACCCCUCGUAACUACUCAGUCAACCUACGCGAGGAGCUGAGGGCCACCAAUGCCGUCUUCUUCCCUCGGUGUCUGCUGGUAAAACGCUGCGGAGGAAACUGUGGCUGUGGGACCGACAACUGGAACAACGGCUGCACCUGUCAGGCCUCCAAGACAGCACUCAAACUACAUGAGGUAGGGCGAAAUAGCAUGAUGACACAUUGGUUGACCUCCCACAAUAUCAUUGAAACUCUUCAAUCAAUGCCAACAAGAGUUAAAGUUACCCCCAAUUUCAACCGCAUCCGGAAUGGCUACGAAAAGGCAGCAUCCGCAGAUCGUAGCUAAUUGUAACCAUUCAAGUUGAUAUGUCAAUUUCCAUCAACCUCUUUCCGUUCCGCUGUGGAUGACGGGACUCCGCAGCGGAUCGCAAAAGUUCUAUUUUUUCCAGAUGCCGGAGCAUGCUGUAUAAAUUCAGCACAGAUUAACCUGUGCUGGAAAGUAAGUCAGGCACAGACACAAAAUAAAACAUCUGGCUUCUUUUCAAAAUAAAACACUCCAUGUUUCAGGCGGAUUGUAUUUCACACCAUGCAAACGGGAGGGGACGAACAAGUGAAAGGUCCUGCCGUCCGCAAUCUGCCAUGAAAUUCGCCUCACAAACAGAUCCGGUAGGAAUUGGCGGACUGCGAAAAUUGCAGCCGUUCCGGAUGCGGUGAAAAAUGGGGGUCACACUUGCAAAAGUCAAGUUUUUUGCAGGUUAAGACCUUCUCCUGAUGUGACUGCAUAAACUCCAGACUCUUGUUGUUCUGGAAGUGUUUUAGAAAAGGCAUGCCAAGUUUAUUUCAAUAUAUUCCCCUCCGAAUUUCCACUUUUGAGGCCUCAUUUUGUUAGGUUUCUUUUUUUUGUUCUUGCGCAGCAUUGUGUACAGAUCAGCAAUACAUUUCUGAUAAUGGUUUUGUCUUUUUUUAUGUGAGCAGAAUGUUUCAAGUGUCACAUUUUCUUUAUACUUCUGCACACGGGUUUAAAAUCGAGCCGGAGAGGAACUUAGCUGCGGCUCAUUUGCCUCUCUUGACCACCAGACUGCAGCACAUUUUUGAUGCAAAUUUGCAAGAAACCAAAAAGAUAGUGAACACCGAGUUAGUGAGGGAGGUAGAAAGGAAGGGGGGCUGAGCUUACAGAGCCAGGUUCUGCAUCGACAAUGAAGCAGCAAUGCACCAGCAGCCUCUCACUUUCUUCCUGCUUCUCUUCCCUCCAUCCGUUUCUACAUCAGCCAAUCUCUCCUUACCUCUCUUGCUUCAUUGUAAGCGUUCCAUCUCUCUUUUUUGCUCCCUUUCCCUCUGUGGGCUUCCAUCACCCUUUCAUUUCUCCCAAUUCCCAUUUUCAAUUUAUCCCUUCACAGUACGCCAUUCUUGUUCUUAAGCCUGUCAUUCAUUCUUUCUCUCUCUUUUCCCUCCAUCUCUUUGUGUCUUUGUUCUUGUAUAGCAUCAUUAUUGAAAAACGGUCCACAGGGCCUUCUCUCUGUCUCUCUCCCUCUCUCUUUUAAAAAUCAUACAAUGGAAAUUUAGACAAAAGUGGGAUUUGGGAUGUAAUUGUUCUCUGAGUGUGUAAGUCACUGUCCUCGAGAGCUUGAACAAGGUAUGUUUGUGUCCAGAUGCUUGCAUGUGGGCUCUUAAAUUGUGGGUGGGUUCUGUGUUUUUGUGUGUGUUUGUGAAUCAUUUCUAUCCUCCUGUUUUUCUCUAGUCUUUGCUGGUAGUCUUACUUCAUUCACCGUCCUAACUUCUGAAGAAACACUUCAUUACUCACUGCAUUGUUUCAGCACCGGGCAGUCUUGACAUAAAUCUUGAGCAGCCUUGCUUUCACUAAGUUCUGUGGAAAGAAACUCACUGCACCAGUUUUGGGACAAUUUGUUCUUCCACUCCAUUUUCACAUUACAAGUGCCACCUGUGCAGGGCCUGAAAAUCUGUGAAAGAAAAGACAGUAAAAUGGAAAUGCUGCAGAAGUUGAGCUUCUCAGUCAGUUUCAUGGUCAUUUUAUAGACUCUGUUUACAUGGAGAAGUCUUGCACCCAGUUUUUCAAUAUUGAUCUUGAUGUGAUUUCAGACCUGUAGCUUGUUUGCUGUCUCCUGAAUCAGAUGAUGAAAUGCUGCAUUUUCGCCAUGGGUCAUUUUGUGUUCACACUCCAAUAUUGUAAAGCCGUGCAAGGCACACAGAAGUGCAGGGUUGCCCUCACGUGUAUUGGUCGUGUUUUGCAUUGUGGGAAGCCAUUUCCAAGACAUCAACAAAGUAAUUAUCUAGUCUAUGGUGUUAACCAGGCCUCCCUUGGACGUCCACAGUGGGUCCACAAUGCUGCUGCUCGUCUUUUAACUGGCGCUCCAACGUGAGAGCACAUUAGCCCCAUCCUUCACUCCCAUCACUCUCUCUAUGUUUGCUUUAGGAUUCAUUCAAACAUUUUAUUGCUUGUUUUUUGAUCUUUGAAUGGAGUAGCACCACAGUAUAUCUCAGACCUCCUGCAAGUCUACACCCCCUGUAAGGUCUAAUAAUUAACUGACACUUGUGGUUCCUAAGACGAGACUAAAAAUCAAGGAUGACUGUGUCUGUUCUGCAGUGGCCCCCAAACCUCAUCAGUAAUAACACCACAUCUUUAAACUUAUCUUGAGUCUUUGGCUCUUAACGCUUGAGAGUUGUGUUUCUCUAUCCUUUUUUACAGUUAUUUACAGUAUUAUUCUGUGUUUUAUUUUGGUGUUCAAAAUACAAAAUACUCUUUUAGUAUUCUGUAUUUUGAUUAUUUUUUGGUUUCUUUUGUAAUUUAAUAUUAUUACAGUGUUAGUCUCUGUUUUGAUUAUUUUUAGUGUUCCUUUGUAAUUUAAUAUUUUUUGCAGUGUUAUUCUUUUUUUUUUAGUGUUCUGAUAUAAUUUAAUAUUUUUACUGUUAUUCUGUAUUUCUGUUAUUUUUAGUGUUCUUAUCUAAUUUAAUAUUAUUACACUGUUAGUCUCUGUUUUGAUUAUUUUUAGUGUUCUUUAGUAAUUUAAUAUUUUUGCAGUGUUAGUCUGUAUUUUAAUUAUUUUUAGUGUUCUUAUGUUAUUUAAUAUUUUAACAGCGUUAUUUUGUAUUUUUAUGUUCUGUGUUGUAACUUGCUUAUUUUACUACAUAACACUUCAGUAUGUUGUGUUCUUUUUAAAAAUGUGAGAUACUAACAAAUUUAAUUUAACUGAACUUUUUAAUCACUGUGCGAGUGCAACAUAUCAACAUCACCCCUUGUCUACCAUAUUUUUAAAUUAGUGUCUACAGCGCAUUGCUUCAUAUUUUUUUUCUCACAGACGCCAGGUAUUCAGUAUGUUUCAAAGAUGGGAAUGACCUCAGCCUCAAAAAACACUUAAGAUAAUGAAAAAACAAAUCAAUGAAUUAAGGUCAUAAUAGAGUUCCAGUUUGGUGUUGUUUUCUUUUUUGACUUUUUAAAAAAUGUGACUAGUUUAAAAUUUUCUUUCUUCAUUUUGGCUCAAACUUUUUUUUCUUCUUCACACCCAAUUAUCAUCGCUACAUUUUUUCAUCUCACAUCUUUUCCUAUCCCAGCUGACAAAGUUUUCUUUUUAAAACACUGACAAACAGUGCAGGUAAUAACCAAGUUUACUGAGUUGAUAUUUUUCUGUCUCCAUAAGGUCCUCAAGUAUGCUCCAGAGGUCACCCUGUACCAGCGCCAUCGGAGGCCGAAGGUGCGCUGGGUCAUAGGCGAGAUCUUCCUCACGCACCAUGAAAAGUGUGAGUGUGCGUGUCCCUCCCAGCCCCCUCGCUGA